CUACUAUUAUUAUUUCGCGGCGUGGGGCGCGUUCGAUCAAACGACAAAAAAAAUUCCCCUCGUUACGGUCCACAGCCGCGGAACGAACCCCGUUUUUACCCCCGAACAAUGUACAAUAUUAUUUAUUUCGUCAUUUUGAGGUUAUUUUGCGGCAGUCCCGUUUUGCUUUUGGUUCGAAACAGUGCAUAAAUGUAUAUUGCAUUGUAUACAGGACCCCGCGAUACUAUAGCCCCAAUUACGUAACCUGCAAUACCGUUUUCCGUCAUAAAAUUACGAAUUUGCAAAAUCAUUUUCAAAAUUCUACCGGUAAUUAUUACUACCUACCUACCUAAUGACAGUUGCUGGAUACGAGUUUUUCGAUUUCCGGUAUGAUUUCUCAUCGUAAAUAUUAAAUAUAUUAACAUUAUUUUUCAUACGAGUAAACUAUAUUCAAAACUCAAAUGUUUCAGAAAGCGAAAAAAUCGGAAAAGGGUUCAAAAUGCAUUUUUCUUACGGAAUUGAGGCUGAUAAUUUCAAAACUACCGUCGAAAGUUAAGAUUUUAGUUGUUAUCGAUAUUCUUUAAUGCUUUUUUGUUUUUUGAAGUUUAAGUUUGAAACAUUUAAAGUUUGACGCUGAAAUACGGAUAAUCUGAGUUUUGAUAAUAGUUAAAAUGGAAUAUGUUAGUUUUCACAUUAUAUGGAUCUUGUGUUUUUUGACACGGGUUAAAUUGUAUAUCUUAACUCAAAUGGUGCAUUGGAACUUGUUAGUUUUGACACAAACCACUUUCCGAUUAAAUUUAGUCCUGUUCUUAUGCAUUUUGAAACGAACUGAUAAUUACACAAUCAGAAUCUGAGUUGCUUACUCAUGUUCUCAUUUAUUUUGUUUUUUUUAAACAUUUUUUUGAUUCUAACCUACCUAAGUAUAAAGAACCAGGAAUAUUAAUUAGCAGACUUAUUGUCAGUUGAAUUAUUUUGUCAUGUAUGAAGGAGAACACGGGGUUGAUUUUUUUAAAAUAUUUAUAGAUAUUAAUAUAGAUAAUUUGUUCGUUUGUAAAUUUAUUGAUAUUAAUAAUAUUAUUAUAAAAUAUUGAAUGGGUAAAAGCCACAAGAAGUAUAUACAUAUAUAUACUCUUCCAAUUUUAAUGUCCCCUCCCCGUUCGUAGUUGAUUUUUUUAAGUACAAAAUACACUUACCAAAACGGAAUAAAUAUUUUUCCAUCGUUGUGUAUAAUAAUAAUAAUUACGGUGCGCUGCGAUAGCGUGUCGUAUACACGUGUGUGCUCCGCGGGCAAAAGUUUCACGUUUAUAAAUAACGAUAGUUAUAGCGUUAUAUAGUUUGCGUAGGCGUAUAAUAUUCAAGACAAUUGGCACAUUUGUUAAAAACUUAGUUGAAAAAAUAAAAUAAACAAAUGUUGAAUAGUCGAAAUUCGCACUCGGUUCGUGCGCGGGCAAUAUGGCCACUUAUUUUUUCACUUGCAUGCAGACGAAAAUAUUAAAUAGGUACACACAUUACGUUUGUAGUCUGCAGCAGUAUUCGAAGGUUUUAAAUAUUCUCCUUUGUUUACGUACACACGUGUAAUGGAUACGUUCUAAACGCCCGUGUGUUUAAAAAAAGUUUUAAAUACCAACGUAAACAAACAAAAAAAAAAAGUUUUAGUAAAAAGAUUAACUUUGUAAGUGUAGGCGCGUAUUAUUAUACCCGCCUACACAUACUAUUUUCGAUUCAAAUACAUUCGUAUGUUUACUAUAUUAUAAUCUAUAAAUUAAUUAUAAUACUGUUCGAAACUGUAAUAUUUAACAGACAACUCGUAUGAUAAGAUGUUUACGUACGAGCGAUAUUUUUAAAAAUAUAUCCAUGGAUUUAAUUUUUUCGUACCGUCGUUCGAUAUUAUUUCGUUUUAACAAAACGGGUAAACGCGAACCGAGUCCCCCGGGACAUUCAAUUUUUACCCAGUCUCCCCUUUCCAAAUUUCCCGCGUAAUAUUAUUUUGCGUGUAGGCAGGAAUCCCCGAACCAGAUUGGAACCAUAAUUAUUUUUAUGUUUUCAUACGGUUUAUGCGCGAAACCAUCCCGCGGUAGCGUAUUAUUAAUUAUUAUCGAUAAUAUUAUACUUUGCAAAUCGAAUUGAAAACCGUAAUUUCUUAUAGCUAAUUUUCAUUAAAAAUAAGCGGUUUUUAAUUUAUAUUAUUCUAAUGUCUUUAUGUGUAUGGCAGAUAUGAGAGAGAAGGAGAGCUGCUCUUCGGUCGUUCAUCGUUGGUUCAUAUUUUUCAAUCAGACUUGGAGAAUCGCCAAUCCAAUUUUGCCAAAAGAUAAAUUCUGCUUUUUUAUUGAUUGAAAUUUGCCAGAAACUCGUCUAUGAUUGUACAAAUUUAAGGUAAGUUGUUUUACGCUAUACUUUAUAAUCGUGUUUCGAAUUUAAAAACAAAAUAGUCCCAAAAAUAAUGUGAAUAUAUUUUUUUCCGUCUUAAGCCUUCAUAAUGUUUACUAUGUUAAUUUACGUGUAUAAGUAUAUAUAAGAUACUGUAAGUUUAAUAUUCACCUGAUAAGGACUUGAUUCGUAGGGAUGACGAUGCUAAAUUUCCAAAAUCCCCACUGAUCUAGUCAAUAUCAAUUAUACUUAAUACAUUAUAAAUGACUGCCUAAUUAUUUUCAUGUCGGUAUUUUUAAAUUUAAUGCACUUAAUUAAUACUUAAACAAAAUCCCGCUAUUGAUAAACACUGUAUGUAUAUUUUUUUUUCAUACAGAGUAAUUUUUUUAUUACGAACCGGAAAUUUUCUUGGAGGAUUUCAAGUGAAUAUGAUUUCUGUUUUUUUAGUGAUUUAGGGAAUCAUUUAAGCUUUAUUUUGAAACUGUGUGAGUUUUUCUUGUGGGGAUAUAUACAUUAAGUUACUAGUUUACCAGAAUAAAGAAGGCACGGAACGACUUGGACCUUAAAUAAGAAAUUUGAUAUGUCCUCGACGAAUUUGAUGGGGCAGUGUGUGAUCGGGUGAUGGUAAAUUUGAUGGAAAAAAUAAUAGUCUGUAGGGCUAGUGUAGGGGGGUUCAUAUGCCCGAUAUUGUUUUUUGCGUUUAAAUCUAAACUUUUGCUUAAGAGAAUGAUAGGUUUUUUAUGUUUUUAAUGAGAAAUAAAUUUGUUUUUUAGUAGUUUAAAACCAGAAGUUCUUUUUGAAACUCGUUUUAUUAAUCUUAUACACGCAAUAAAUUACCUGGUUACAUGCUCUUUCUCUAAACGUUUGACAUACCUUUAUAUAUAUAUACAUACAUUACAUAUUAUACCGUUUGUUAACUAUGUUAUUACACGCAUGGCGAAUAAAAAAUAUAAUGAAAGUCAGUUUAUUUCGGUAAGUGGGUACCUAUAAAAAUUUAAUGUUUUAUUUUGUUUUGGUUGUUUUUUUUAAACGAUAUUAUAUAGUACAGACGCUCUGUAUUUGAAAGAAAUUGACAAGUUCUAGGCAUUUGAUUACAGUUUCAGCAUACGUGUAUCCUUUGAAUAUAAUAAUGUAAGACUGAUGGUUUACAAUAUUAUUCAGAAUAAUAAUAUUUGGAUACUAUUAUUUCGUUUUCGUUUUUGUAAACAGCAUAUUAAAUAGAACCAACACGAGAACACUGCCAUAUAAUACGAGUGUUACAGAAAAUGCUCGUUCGCUAUUGAAAUAUUCGCUGCACCCCUCGUCUGUUGCAUACACUACACGCAUACACACACACACACACAUACGUAUACACAUAUAUAAAGAGGGUGAUUUUUUUUUAUCAUAAAUCAGCAAUUAUCUCAAAGAAUUUUAAGUGAAUUUGAUUUCUAUUUUUUUUAAUUAUUUUGGAAUCGUUUAAGGUUUAUUUUAAAACCAUUUUUAAUUUUUACUCCCACUCCAUAUACCUUAAAUAAGUGCAAACUUUUGAUUUUCAAAUAUUAAACCCUCCCCCCCUUUUGAACACAAAUUUGAAUAGAGAAUAUUUGUCUAAAAGUUUUGAUAUGCAUAACACUAAUAUCAGAUUUACCGUUUAUGAGUUAUAACAGUUUAAAGUUUAGACCGGAGGAGUAGGGAAGUGUCAUAGAUGGGCAAUUUAUUACACAGAUAACAUUAUAUAGAUCUGUAUUCAAAAGUAUGCAUCUAUUUAAGGUACAUGGAGUAGAGGUAAACAAUUAAAAAUGGUUUUUAAAUAAAGCUUAAACGAUUCCAUAAUGAUUAGAAAAAACAAAAUCAAAUUCACUUAAAAUCUUUUGAGAUAAUUGCUGGUUAAUGGUAAAGAAAUUACCUUGUAUAUUAUAUAUGUAUAUAUAAAAAACUAUACUUAUUUUUGAUUUUUAUUCUCUUUAUGGUGACAAUUGGGGAAAAAGUACUUUAGGUGUAUAAUAUAUUAUGUUAAAUGCAAGCUACGUGAUGGGAUACAAACAUACACCCACCCUAAAUCACGGUCUAACGAACGUCUAGAGUUGAAAACAAUUCCCAAUAGUAUAAUAUGAUGCGUUUGUAGAACAUACGUGCCCCCUCUCACCCUCAUUAACUAUUAAUCGACUGAAUUGCUGAAUUAUUUUAGAAAGAUUCAAAACAAACUAUCAUAUCCACAACCAAACAACAAUCUCUCAUAGAAUAUCUACCUUAGUAUUUGUCUUACUUCGUAAGAAAAACUAUUGCUAACAAAAAACGAUUUUACUGUUUUUCCUACGUUUUUCCGGUUUUCUUCACUAAUUAUAAAAACUCCUAAGAAAAUCAAAAAAUAACCUCCUCAAAGUACCACCCCAGUCAGAUUUCCAUUCAGAAAAAGUGCUACACUUAAAAAUCGAAGGAUAAUUUCUGGUAGACGUUUUGUACACGGUAUAAAAAAAUUAAAAAUAAAACAUCAUUGUAAAACCAAUACAUUACUAACAUGCAUUUCUACAAUACCAACAAUUGAUAAGUCCUUCUUGCCUAGGGUCAAAGAAUUAUGUCCGAUGCGUACACAUUGUCAAGUUAUCGUAGCCGGAUAUUCUUUAUAUUUUAUAUUUCCGUAGACGUAUAUGUAUAAAAUAUAAAUAAUAUUUGGACAAUAUCUAAGUGUAAUUGAAUACGGUUCAUUUCAUAAACAAAUAUAGAUCCAUUUAAGCGUGUUAGGGUGUUACCGAAAAAUUAACUAUUACAUAAAAUGUUCGAAAAUACGCACGAAAACUCCAAUUACAGUAAUUUGACUACGUAAUGCUAAUGUGAAAUGUAAAAAUUAAAAUACAUGAUGUAGGUGCAAAUAUAUUAUCAUAUUAUAGAAUAAAAUACUAAGAAAAGUUGUUCAUAGAUAAGACAAAUAAAAUAAACAUAAUGCUAUAUACAUCAUACAUGGUGUUAAUGUAAUUUUAAUAACUUGUAAUUAUAUUCAUGUGUGGUGCAAGCUUAUUAUUUUAAAUAAAUAAAUCAUUGUAAAACCAAUACAUUCGUCACUGCCCUCAUAAUCUAAAAACAAAUUUGAAAAUAUUAAAAGCAUUAUUAUUUCCGUUAACUUUUCCGUUUUUUUUUUACGUUUUCCCAAUUAUGAAGAAAACGACAAAAGACGCCCUUCUUUAUACGCACUAAACAAUAUUUUCUUUUCAAAAAAUAUGCUAUGAUUGUAAUUCGAAGCAAGAUUUCUUAUAGAAAAAUAUAAUUUAAAAAAUGAAAAAUGUUUAUUUUCUUUUUUUUAUCCCUUCGAAAUUUGUGUUCAGUGGUUCAAAAAAAAAUGUUCAAACUUAAUAUUAUAUAUUUUUUAUGCCUAUUUAAAAUUAAAAUUGUUGACAAAAAUCUUAAAAAUUACGGUUUUUUAUUAAAAAUACCAGGUAAUUCAUUUAAGUGGGUACAUUCAUUAUCUUGGAAAGUAUUAACAUUUUCCCGAAUUUGUUUUCUAGAAUAUUAAAGAAAUAAGCUCCUCUAUAAUUGUAUACUAAUGUUAUUUUUUGCCACCCAUAUUUCGGGGGGUAAAACCACUAUACCUAAUUUUGAUUUUCAAAUGGCAACCUAUAUUAAAAAUUCCAUAAAUAGAUGGAGUAUUUGUUGAAAUAAAUUUGAGUGAUGAAAUUUUUGAUUUCCGUUGAUCCGUUGACGAGAUAUUUCACUUUUAAGUUUGGGUUGGAAGAGAGUAGUGGAGUGUCAUUUGUGUAGCGGUGCGGCGUGCAAUGUGUUAUUAAUGCACCACUACUCUCCUCCAAACUAAAAUUAAAAGUGGAAUAUCUCAUCAACAACUUGAUAGAAAUAAAAAAUGUUAACACUCAAUUUAUUUUAACUAACACUCCAUCUAUUUAUGGAAGUGUUAAUAUAAGUUGCUAUAAGAAAAUCAAAAUUAGGUAGUUGUUUUACCCCAAAAAAUAACAUAAAUAUAAAAUUGUAGAUCUAGUUGUUUCUUAAAUUUUCUAGAAAACAGAUUCCGAAGAAAGUUAAUUUUUCCGAGAUAAUGAGUGUACCCGCUGUAAUGAAUCACCUGGUAUGUAUAGUUGAACAUUGCUUAGAAUCGUUUUUCAUUAGCAACGGCUUACCGAUUAGCCUACAGAUACUUUAUAUAGGUACUUAACGUAACUUUAUGUAUCCUACCUCCUACCAUAAUAUGUUUGGGGGGCUAGGCUCCUAGACCCCCUGAUAUAUACUUAUAUAUAUAAUAUAUGCGAUGGUUGGCAAGUUAAUAAAAAUAAUUAAUUGAUUAAGUUAAGUUAAUUAAAUCAAUAAAGUCGUCAGUUAAACGUUAAAAUUUAACAAAGAAAUAAUUUAACACAGUUAAAAAGUUAUUUUUCGUUGUAAAAAAUCAACAUUAAAAGUAUUCAGUAUUAAAUCAUAAUUAUUUAUAUUUGUUUUCAUUUAUGUAGUUAAAAAUAAACUAAAUCAAACUAUUUUAGCAAACACUAAAUAGUAAUCCAAAAAUCGCAGUAUUGAGAACAACUAAUUAUUACAACUGAAUUUCAAAAAAAAAUCAUUUGUCUUUAACUCGUUAACAUAAAUGUAUUUUAAUUGAAUAUUAACUGUAAAAAGUUAAAUUAAAUAAGUUUAAAAAGUUAAAUAAAAAUAAUUAUUAUUAUUUAACUUUAACUUUUUAACUAGUUUAUGCCUAUUAUUACACCUAUAUAUUCAUAAUAUAUAGGUGUAGUAUAUGUAGUAUAAUAUAUUAUACUACAUAUAAUCGCUGAGCACAUAGCGAAAAGAAUAUAAUGCUUGAUUAAUUAUUAUAAUAAUUAUAUAUAUUUAAUAAUUAUAACAAUAAAUUUUUUUGGUAUAUAAUAUAGAAAACAUGUAUAAAUAUAAUUAAUAAAUAACACUUAGAUAUUAUAUAAUAUAUGAUAUUAUUAAAACAAAAUAUUUAAUAUGUGUAUACAUCACGUAUUAUAAGGAGAAAACGAAAAAAAAAAUAAAAAUAAUAAUAAUUACACGAGUAGAUACAUGUAUAUAUUUAUAAUAUUAUAAUUAUAAUUUAAAAAAUAUAUACUUAUAAUAUUAUAUUAUUAUAAAUACAUAGUAUAUACUCGUAUAUUUAUGUGGUGGUUUGUAUUAAAUUAAAAUAGAUACUUCAAAAAUCCUAAUAAAAAUACAAUAGCUAACGUUUUGUAGUAUAGAUAUAGCAUAUUAUCUGGUCACAUCGAAUUUUAACGAAUGUUGUUAGAUUUAAAGAGAUAUAGAAAAACAUCAUUAAUAUUUAUAAAUAUAUCAACAAUUUCUGUCUCUUAAGAUCAAAUCCGCAUUGCUGGGCGUCAAAAGGAAUUCAAAUUCGGUGUUCAGUUGUCCAUCGAAGUCGAUGUGAAAUUGUUUGACCAUCUACGUAAAAAGAGCAAAAAUUGUUUGAAUUAAUAUGACGCAGGUUCGUUCGUUUAUUUGAUAUUAAAGGUGCUAAGCUACGUACUUUUGCCAAGACGAUCUGUAGCUCCAAUUCGACGAAACGUUUGCCCGGACACAUCCUUUUUCCGCAUCCGAACGGCACUACGAGAAACGGUGACUUUCUCGUUAACUCGUCCAACCACCUUUCAGGUUUGUACGAGGAUGCAUCAACGAAAUUAUUGUCGUCCAAACACGCCAACCACGUAUGCAGCAAAACAACACUCUUCAUAUAAGAAAAAUAAAAUAAUAAUAAUAAUAAUAAUUCGUACAAGUUUAAAGAAGAAUUCUAAGGAGCAUAUAUGGAUCAAAAAUGUGGAAUUACGACAGUAGUUAUUUAAAGAACCGGAUAAAAAAUCAGUCUUAAGAAUGCAGAAACGUGACCAGCUAGGUUACAUAUCAUAGAGAUCUAAUAAAAUAACGAAAUGAAUUAUAAAAGGUAAACCAGAUGGCAAAAUACCACAUUUUCUUUUUAGAAAUGUAGCGAUGUGGUAGUGUACUAUAUUGUCUAUAUUCAAAGUAAUGCUUUCCAUCUACUGAUAUAAUAAUAGUGUUUUGUUAUACCGUCAAAUGCUAUCGGAAGUUUACAAUGAACUCUCCCCCUUAUUAAUUGGAGGUGUAACAGUCUCUAUAUUUCCACACUUCCAUUAUAGGAUAGUCGCCACUGAGUGUGAUUAUAAUACUAAUAAAAUAUAAUAACUUAAUAUAAUAUUACCCCUGUUGGCAAUUGAUAAUUUUCGUAUUCGAAAUCGGAUUCCAACACUCUUGCGAUACACGGAGCCGUGGGCAAAAGUCUAUAAAUAUAUAUAAAUGUAGGACACGAAAACACAAUAAAUUGAUAAGUAUUUUCAGGAAAAUAACUGAUGGCCGUCAAUAACGCGGGGUGUUUAUACCUGUGAGCUUCGGUUAUACAGGCAUGCAAAUACGUGGCAUUAUGCAAAUGUUCGGCCGUUAUUGCUGUACCCGCCGGAGCUAGUCGCAACACUUCGUUAUAUAUUUUUUCCUGGACGUCCGGAUGUUUGGCCACCAAAUACAACAAAAAAACCAGUGUGUUUCCCAGCUGCGAUAUACAUGUACGUGAGGAUGAAAAAAACAACAAAAAAGAAACAAUAAACGAUGGAGCUAUUAGUUUGUUUAUAACAACGACGACGACGACGCGACGUGUAAAUAUAGUUUCCUUUCGGGAAAACCGCAUUUUUUUCUGAAGGGAGUAACAAAUUGCAGUGGAUGGUUGGUGUGUAUAAAAAAAGUAUCUCGAGAUUGUAAAAUAAUCCGUGUUCGUGAAUUACCGCACAAAAUUGCACAUAUUUUGUUUUUUAAUAGUCGUAUACUUGUAUACAGAGUGUGUAUUUAUACUUUUUUGCCUUCUACCCCCUCAGUAUUUAUGGAAUUUAACUUACGUUUUUUUUUUGUUUUACUGGUGUUUAUCUAUUGGUCGGUAGACGUGAUGAAAUAAUAAAUAUCUAAUCACAUUAUAUUAUAAUAGCGUACAAAAACCUAAAAUAAAUAGGUCUACAAUAUUAUAUCGUACGGUUUUAAUUCCAGCGGCGAUGUAGUCGAUGAUCGCGGCUUUCUUGUCCCGGUUGUCCAGUCCGGGAGCUUGCAGUAUGGAUACGAAAACACUGCGCACGUCUGUGCAGGACAGCUGCUCAUCUAUUAGCGCUGAGUCGACGAUUUCGGAUACGAUGCUAAAGUGAAACACCGUUAGAAAUCGAAACGUUUACUCAUUUCGUUUAUUUAACGGUUUUUUAGAAGUUGUACUUGCUCGUAUAGGGCGUCCUCGCUCGCUACGAAGUCCUUGUACGCUCUCGUCGGGAACAGUUUCCACAAAGGAAGUCCGUAGAACGCUUCCUGCGACGCGCGAAAUUGGCUCGUUACCGAGUCUGCCAGCCGCGUGGCUGUGUCGCUGACCUCUCCAUCUAGAAACCCGAAUCUCUUGCCCAAAAUCAGCGUACAUGUACCUGCCGAUUAAUAAAAAUAUAGGUAUAAUACGAUUAAUAUUUAAAAUUAACGUGAUGAAAUCUAAUUUUUUAGUUUGUAAUGCUGUGUGACUAUAAGCCCGCAUUAAGGAUUCAAGGGUUCAAGGGGGAAAUCGCUAACACGUUUACAUUAAUUUUCAACAAUAAUUGUGGAUCACAAUUAUUCAAAUAAAAUCAAUUGUAUUUGUUAUUCCUUUUUUCAGUAGUCUAACAAACAUAUUUCAUGACUUUAAACCGUUUUAAUUUGUUCGAUUCUUAUACAAGGUUUCCCGUAACUUUGAGUAGAUUUAUCAAAUAAUACUUGUUUCGUUUGUUGUAACUAAUUCAAUGAAAAAAAUAUUGAUUACUGUUAAAUACUUAAAUGUAACUAUGAUUUAAAUUCGCAACACACAACCAUUAAAUUAUUCCAUUGUGUAAUACUAAAUAUUCAAACCAUUUUCCAGCUUAGUAUUCUACAUUAAUCAUAAUAUGAGAACGUUGAAAUAUUAUUGAUGGAAGCAUAACUUUCGACUAUUGGUGAAAAACUAUAUGGAUAUAAAUUAAAUUUCUCCUCUACUACCUUCCCGACUGCUUGUCUACAACAGUAGACCAACGUGCAAAGUGUAUCCGUCUUUUUUCCUCUGAACUUAAAAUCACGAAUUUAAUGAAAAUAAGUUGAUACAUUAGCAUUUUCUGAAUAAUAAACAGUUUACUCUAUAUAAUAGCUAUUUUUAAAUUUUUCAAAAAUAACAAAAUAAAGUUAUUUUUUAAGUUUUUUAACAAAAACAUAAAAUUAAUUGGAAUAUUAACAUUUAUAGUCUUAAACCCUGUGAAUAAUAUAAAAAAAACAGAAUUUUAUUAUGUUUAUUAUCUCCAGAGAUAUUACAAUGGGUAUAUAAUAAUAAUAAUAAUAUCUCCAUGGGACAUCUUGUAUAUAAUUUGUUUUUUGUUCAUUAAACUGACAAUUUCAUUUUCUAUUUGUAUCAACACUAACCAUCUAAAAUUCAUAACAUUGUCGUUCGAAAAAUGACUUCUAACUAACGAGAGUCUUUACGUUUAAAGUACUUUUGGCAUGAUUAUAUGUCAAUUAAAAAUAAUAUCGGUUGAUAAAAAUGAUUGAUUAAUUUUGCCCAGGUUCAAAAAUUGUAUACAAGUACUUUUUAUAGGUGAUAUAAUUCAAUUUCCUGAUGUAUUUUGUAAUUAUAUUAUACUAUAAUAUCGUUGAUUCGACGUGUAAUAAUACAUUUAUCAUCAGGCAGAUGUUUUAUUUUUUUAUCGUGACAUUUUUUAUACUAAAUAAAUGAUUUCACACGUACUUUCCAACCCCAUUCGGUUACAGUACGAUUCGAAUCCUUUUACUACGUUGUUGCCGUCUCUCGCCAAGCCGAUCAGAGUAUUGAAAUCGUCCGCCAAUUGGUUUACUUCCGGUAAGAAACGUCGAAUUGUCCUAGGACUAGUAAGUUCCGGAGUUAGUUUGUUCCUCAAUUUGGCCCAUACUUCACCUUGUCUGAAAUACGGUAAUUGCAUUUGAACAGAUAAUUGAAAGAACCCAGUAAUACAGGUUGUGUACUAUAACAAUAAUAUAUAAUAAGUAGGGUCUGGAUUUAAUGCACUAAAAAUCAUCGUAGAAUACUCUAAAAAAAGCUAAAAAUGUCUUUAAAAAAUAGCAUAUCAUUUUUUAAAUUUAUUAUUUUAUUGGGUAAAUUAUAAUACUUUUAUUUUAUUUAAAAAAACAACAGCAAAUUGAAAAAUUUGACUUGUGACUAUAGCGACGAUAGUAUUAAUUGAGGAGCUGUUUGGACUGAUUGACUGAAAAAACUGAACAGUAUGAGUAAUAUUUUGAAUAAGCUAAAUUUAAAUUAUUAAAUCAUAUCAUAGAUUAAAUAUAUGAAGCAUGGUAUAUAGUAUUGUAUAUAAAUAUAUAAUAAUAAUAAAAAAAAGAUAAAAAUGUUCUAAAAAUGAAAUAACAUUGAAAAAUGCAAAAUAAAAGUUUUUCACCUUUGAAGUCUGUCACAUGAAUCAAAUUAUAUAUUUGGAAAGCAUUGUAUAAUAUCACUCAAAAAAAGAUGCAUUUUUCAUUGAAAUCCGGGCCCUAGUUAUAGGUAAUAUCAUAAAUAAAACUAAAACUAACAUCACAACAAAUUAAUACGAAAAAUAUAUAGUUUUAAAAUCAGAAAAUGAUUACUUAUUGGCUGGAUAUAUAAAGGAAGGGGACUUCAUUAUUUCAUACCUUAUGGUGCAAAUAAUAGAGAAAAAUCAGAGUCAUUAGAAGCAGAGAAUGGAAUUAAGAUAAAGGGAUGCGAGAGCGUUCAUUAUAAAUAGAUAUAUGUGCAGAAGUUUUAUUAAUGAUAAUAAGAGAAAAGGACAAUCGACAUAACGAAAUAAUACACAUUAGAAAAUAAAAUAAAAAUGUUUUACAAAAUAAAUAAUUAUGUAAUACAAGUAUGAGUAUUAUUUGUAUUCAGCUGAAUAAGUAAUACAAAUGUGCAAUGAAUAUUAUCUUAUAAGUAAUAAUUUAUUAAUGCUAAAUCGUUAGUACAAUUUUUAAUUCGAAGCGGAUCGAGGGAUGUAUUGGUUUUUCUAUGUUUUAAUAUGAAUUUUAAUUUUAAUUUAAAAAUUCAUAUGACACGAGAUCUUUUUUAUUGCAUUUUGUAUCUAGUUACUGCGAAAGUAGGUUAAGUAUGUUUUCAUAAUAAUUAGGGAAAACCAGGAAAAGACAAAUGUAUGUUUUCUAUCGAAAAUGUUGCUUCAAUAAAAAAUGACAAGAGAGGUUUUUUGUUGCAUUUUUAAUUUAAUUGGUCAAUACAGAAGUCGUUUUUGACUUUCAGUGUAGUUUUCGUAAUUCCUGAGCAAAACUAGAAAAAACGUAGAAAUAACGGGAAAGAUUUUUUUUUGUUGCAAUUUAGUUUAAAAUAAUCGAAGAAACUUUAAAUUUUGACAGAAAAUGUAUUUAUGCUUUUUCUAAACGUGUCAAAAUGUUCAAAAUCUUCUGAAAAUAUUUUUGAGCUAUUUAUAAGCAUAAAAUGUUUGUUAUGAGUUUUUUUAUGUAGAUUUAACUUGAUAGUUACUAUGUGUGACCAAACAGAAAUGCUUGAAAAUUUAACAGGUUCAUUAUAAAUUGAACUUAGCGAUGAAAAAAAGUUGAGCGUAAUGAAUUUUUUUUUUUAUAUAAUCAUUUUAAGAUCAAGUUUUCAUAAAAAUCAUAAAUAUUCAAAGGUUCAAAUCAUGUAUAAACAAACUUCGCUCAGAUUCGCUCGCUUCAGUUUUUCGUUCGCGAUGGUUUUUCCAUUGCUUACAGGUUUAAUAAUUUAAUAACUUUUUGAAUCCUUCCCACAUAACUUCCCACAUACAACAAUGGCGCACCUAUAGCAGUAUCAGCUCUUCUUUUGUUUUUUUAAAUUUAACAUGACCAAUGGGGAGGAUCGAAGCCCCUUUAGGUCUUUCCUGGGUACAUCACUGAUAAUAGAUUAUAAUAAAAUAUAAUUGAGAAUUAUAAAAUUAGAACAGAUUUAAAGGUCAAUGGGGGCGGACAUGACAUCCACAUCCCUCCCUAUCGUAAACACGCCUUUGCUACCCUUGUGUCAAAUUUUUAACUAUUUUUAUUUUAAUUAUUAUUAAUGAACAAGUAUUAUCAUCAUUGUGGAAUGUAAAUUAUAUACAGUAUAUUAUUUAGUUUUUUUUUUUAAAAAAAUAUCAUCUAAAAUAUUAUAUCUGUAGCACGUUAUUUAUUUUGUACACAUAAUUGCACAAAAUAUAAUUGCCACACCGUUAAAUUCAAAUUUUAUAAAGCACUCGUAACGUAAUCAUUUUUUUUUCACAUACUACAAAUGUUCAAGAACCCUCUUCUUAUGCAAUUAUGUUGUAUUUUAAUCCCGAAUAGGCUUAAUAAUAUUAUAAUAAGUACUGCAGUGUAUUCGAAUUACACAAACAAAAUAUAAUUAUUCAUAAUAUUAUCCUUCUAUAAGUACUCGUACUCACUCGUUAACGAGCCCGGUGUUAGUGUAGCGAUCUGGCCUGGAUUUUCUGUAGUUGGCCGUUACUUCAUUCGGGGGUCGGAUGGGAUAUUUUCCACUGUGCCUGAGUACCCGUUCAAUAAAAUCUCGGUCUUUGACACUGAUAAUUGGUAUAUUCCACAAUGCUUCUUCACGAAUUAUAUUUCCGUACCGGAUGAACAUGUCUGUGUAAGUAUUAACAGAUUAUGAAUAAUCCAAUAUUUACAUAAUAUCCAAAUAUUUAGGUACAGUCAUAGACGAUUAAUCCGUAUAUAAGGUGAUCUGCAAUAAGAUCACGGUAAGACAUUCGUUAUCUCGAAAAGUAUUUAUUAUUUUUUUUAAAUAAUUUAAAAAUAAGCAGCUCAAAAAUAUUACAUUAACAUUAUUAUUGAUCAUUCUUAAGAAUGAAACAACUAAUCAACUUUUGAUUUUAAAAUAACAACCUAUAUUAAAAAUUGCAUAAAUAGCUGGCGUGUUAGUUUAAAUACAUUUCGGUGAUGAAAUGUUUGAUCUUCCGUUGACAAGAUAUUACACUUUUAUGUUUAGGUAGGGGGAGAGUAGUUUGGAUUCAAUUUUUCGAGUGGAUUGAAAUAUAUUAAUAAUGGUUUGUAUUUUAAAUAUAAUGUCUUAGAAAUUGGAAUUGAUUGCCUGUGUAUAGUAAUGAAAGAAAAUAUACUAUUUAUUUACUUAUAGAGAGGGACUAUUAAACCCGUAUCAACUAAAUUAAGUAUGGAUAACUAUUUUUUGUUAUCACUGUGUGACUAAACUAAUCCAUAAAUAAAAAACAACAAAAUUAUUUACCUUUGUACGCCAAAUGUACCGCAUUCAGUUUGUAUAAACAGAAUUUCCAAUAGAUCCAUCUUGUACCGAAUAUAGGCAAGGACCUUGGCCCUGGAAUAUCUGCCAAGGUUUUACAUGUUUUCGGUUGAGCGUCUGAAACGAAAUCAAAGCAGUAAUACUAUUAUAAUUUUAUAUACGUCAUUGAUUACCCAUCAAGGUUUAACUUGGCCUUGAGAUAACAAAACCUAUCAAUUACAAAGAAAUUGACUAAGGUUCUAUAUGCCCAACAUUCAAAAGAUCAAGAAUAUUAAUUUAAAACCAAUUCCAUUGUGUUUUCGUCUGGUUGACCAAAUGACAUUAUUACUAUAUCGUCUUCUUCUCGGCAUUCGUUUUAGUGUAUAACCUUUACCAUUUUAUCUAUAGGUAAACUAAAUUACUCGAUAACUAUAUAAUAUAUCUGGGUACCUAUACAUAUAAUAUAUACAUUUUAUAACACAUAAUUAUAUAUAUAUACAUUAUAUCUGUUAAAUGUUGUUAUAAACAAUAUUUAAUAUUAUUUUCAAUAAUAUGAUAUAUUAUACGUCAUUGAAAUAUAAUUAACAAAUAACAUAUUAGAUACAAUAUUAUGCAAAUAAUUGUAUUAACAUAUAUUAAUAUAUAUAGCAACGUGCAGAUAAAUAAUUCAAGAAUUACUUAGAUAGGUACCUAUAUUACAAUGAAACAUUGGAAUGUAUGUAUAUUCUACAUAGGUAGAAUUAUGGAAUAUUUUUUUUUUUAUGUAUCAUAUUUUAAAAUAAUAAAUUAAUGUAAUUAUUUAAAAAAAAAAACCAUAAGUAUACUAUAUUACAAAUAAGGAAAUUAGGAUGACGUUCGAAUAGCGUAGGCCUUUAUUCACUUAUUGUUAUGUGUUAGGUAUUUACCGUUAGAAGAAAAAAAAUAUGUAUAAGGAGGUAUUCUUCAACGUUCCGGUAAUACGUCAAUAUUAUAGUAACAAAUUAUUCAUGGUUGAGAAAAUCGAACACGUAGGAUAGUACGAAAAUAUUCUUCGACCUGAUGCCUAUACUGUGUAAAUGUCAAGUUUAUGGAAUUUACGUGUACGCACAUAAUGCUAACAAUUACGGUAAUAGUACCGUUAUAACGGGCUUAAAACAGUAUUCAUUGCAAACCACUAAAAAUACUUUUUCAACCAGAAAAACCACGGUAUUAGGCACAUAGAUAUCAGCAAAUAAUUAAAAAACUUAUAAAAUAUUAAAAAAAAGAGCUGAUACUGAGAAUGAGAGUGGCCACUGUUGUAGUUGAGAAGUUGGGAAGGUAGGAUACAUAAGGUUAUUUUAUUCAUAUCUAUAAGUAACGAUAAACCAUUGCUUAAUGAAAGAUGAUUCCAAACGCAGUUCGGUAAUACAUAAUUUUUAAGAUUUUGUUUAAAUUUGAUUUCUAAACGCUUAUUUUUAAAAAAAAAGUCAUCAUGUGAUUUUGGAAAUUUUACCACUUUUAGGUAAGUUCAAUAUAAGUAUUAUUACCAAAUUUCAUGUACCUACGUGUAUUUAUUACCGAAUUACAGCAAAAAACUCCCAAAAAUUAAAAUUCAUUAAAAGAUCAAAAGUGGCUCAAAAGUUUUGACAAUGAUACCGUAAGAAAGUUUAUCAAAAAGGUAUUUUGUGAUUUUUCGAUUAAAUCAAUUUUUCUGAUAGAAAACGUGUUUUUAUAAAAUAAUGAAAUCAUAAAAUUGUACGUUUUCCUACGUUUUCUCUUACUAAGUGCUUUUAUUUCAAAAAUAGCAUAUAAAAUCAAAAAAUGACAUGUUAAAGGUACCAUUUAGAUAACUUGAGCUUUCAGAAAAGUUGCUACACGUAAAAAUCAGAACAAGUUUACUAGGAAAAGACGUGUCCAUAGACUAGAAGAAAAAAAAUAAACAACCAAUAGUUCCCUCGUCAUCUAAAAUGAAAGAUGUUAAAAUUAAACAUAAGGAUCAUCAUAGUGUUUUUCUUAUUGGUAAAAAAAUAAAAAAUAAAAAGUUGAGCGUAAUUAAUUAGGUCUUUUUUUUAUUUACGAAAAUCGUAAAAAUUGUACAAAAUGAGGCAUUUUAUAAUAUAUGUAUAACUGAACUUCGUCCAAAUUUGUUUUUCGUUAGCAAUGAUUUAUCGUUGUAGACAGAACCUCAUCUAUCCUAACUUCCUAACUUUCGACCUACAACAAUUCCAUCACACCCAUUAGCAGUAUCAGCUUUUUUUGUUUUUUAACUUAAUUUAAUGUAGAUAUAUGUAUAUACAUAUUUAUUAACUUUGUAAUGCGUAAACAUCCUAACUCUUGUAAUAAUUUACAAGACUUUUUACUUUUAUUUAGUUUGGCCGAAAGUCUUAUUAAUAUAUAGAGACUUACUCAGAAAUUAAAGUGCUUCAAAACCUAAAUUGAACAAUAUUAUGAAUAAACAACUAAAUGCAUAAUACUAUGGAAUUGAAUUAUUUAAGCAAUGAGUAUACACGAGUUUUAAACAUUAUAUUUUAAAUUAGUCAUUUUUCUGGGUCGUUAUACAAAAGGCAACUAUAUAAACUUUAAGAAUUUUGAAGGUUUCAGUUUUAUUUUCAAGAUUUUUUAAACUUGUCAAUUUCAUAAUAUAGCUCCUUAAAUUUUUAACCAAAAAUUAAUGAAGUCUCAUUUUAUAAUACCUAUAAGUUUCUUAAAAAAAAUAAAUAAAUAAAUAAUAAAGCAUUAAAAUUUUUAUGAAAAUAAUAAUAAUUGCAGCAUUUAGAAAUACGUUCAACCGAAUAUACUCAGAUUAGUUUUAUAUUGGAAAUUAUAUUAUUAAAUUAUUCUAUAUAUUAUCGAACCUUCCCAACUGCCCAUUUACUUUAUAUACUCAUUACGAGUGCUAUAGCUAUUUUAUAAACAAUGUACAUUAUACAGGGCGUGUCCCACGAAGAUUUAACCACUGCUAUAUCUCUUGAUAUAAUAAAGAUAAUAAAACUUUACUUUUUUUUACAUUACUCGCGUGAAUAUUUAUAUUUGAAUUAAAUUUUGGUAACACAACUAAAAAAAAAAAUGUUUAUUUUAUUAUUUUCGACAAAUUUGAAGAUAGUCAUGUUAUAGAGUUUAUUUUUCUGAAAAUUCUGACGUAUUAAAUUUUUUUUUCCAUUAAAUUCGUGAUUUUUAAUAAUUUUUUAAAGUUGAGAAAAAAAAAGUCUACAGUCAUGAAAAUAAUAAUUCAUUAGCGAAUGGGAUUAAAGCCUGCUGUAUAAUUAUAGGUACUUCCCUAAACUCCCUGAUAAUUGUUAUCAAAAAUAAUAAAAUAAAAUAAUUUUUUUUAAAUUUUUUACCAAAACAUAAAAAUGAAUUGCAAUAACAAUACUUUUAGUCCAUAUCUCUGUAAAUAAUAUUUAAAAAAACGGAAUUUGAUUACUUUUAUUAUCUCCAAAGUUAUUAAAAUGGGUAUACUAAAUACAUUACUUUAAUUUUUAUUAUUAAUAUUUAUAUUCGUCAAAGAAGAAAGUGUGGUUUGCAGAAAAAGUUCCUUUUUUUUCGCGUACCCCUUAUAUGUAUUAUACGUCACCUACCACUUAUGAAUAAAAAUUUAACUUUUCAUAAUGUUUAUACAUUUAUUUCAAAAUUAUGAGCAUAGGACAGUAAAUUACUACAAUAUAAUUGACAUUAUAAAAAUUUGGCUUUCUGCGUACUACCAUGUGACGUACCGCGUACCACAGUUUGAGAAUCGCUGGUUUAAAGUUAGAAAACUAAUUUUUUUCUUUUUAGUGGUAAUAUUUAAUGAUAUUUUAAUCAACUAGUUUUGCAUUUAAUUUUCUGGCGAACUAUGAUAACGUAAUAAUAAUAAACAAAAGUCAAAUAAAUUUAAAAAAUCAACUUUUCUCAUAGUCGAACACGUGUUUUUUUUCAUUCGAACGUCAUACUAACGUUGUACAUUAUUUUUAUAUACACAUUUACUUAUAUUAAAUAUAGAAAAAAAAAAACCAAUAAAAUUUCAUUCGGUGUAGUAUAGUGGUCCAUAUUUAUAUUUUCAAGUGUAAUGUUCGAAUUGAAAAAAAUAUAAAACGUAUACGAUUAUACAAAUCAUAUUUAUCACUAAUCCAAUAAAAGUUAGCGUAUAUUGUUGAAUUUUGUUUAAAAUUGAAUUUUUUUUUGAAAUUUUAGAUUUCAAGCGAAGGUGAAUGUAUUGGUUUUUUAUUAUGUAUUUAUGUGUAUGUAUAUGAGAUUUUGCUACAGUCAAAAACUCUCUUGUAGCCUUAUUUGGUUCUUUGAGGGAAUCAUUUUUUGAUUUCUCUCGUAAUUUUCUUAAUUAAUGAGAAAAACUGGCAUAAUUUUUGAUGAUAUCUGGGUUACCUUGGAAACUAUUCGGGAAAAAUAGGAUUAAUAAUAUUCUGCUCAGAAUUUUUGUUUGUUAACAAUAUGGUUUAUAAUUGCAUACAAAUAUGAAUUAAAUUUCUCUCUCUUUAAACAUAGCCAGAGACGGAUUCAGGGCCCAGCCCCUCCAAAUUUUUUCUCUGAUUUUUGCGUGAGAAAAUAAUAUACAUUAUGUAUUAUAUUAUAUUUUAAUUGUAUUCAUGUUGUAAAAAAAUUGUUGGGCCCUCCCCAGAUCUUAGCUCUGGAUCCGUGCCUGAACAAAGUGAUACAUCGAUCAGUGGUAUCAGUCUAUUAUAAUAUACCUAGUUGAAAUUAUUGAAGUCAUUCUCAAAAUUUAAGUCUUUUUUAAACAUAAUAUAGAGAAUUCAUAUUAAUACCUAACUAUAGGUAAAAUAUUUUGAACCAAUUUGGGAAAAUUUCGAUAUACCCCUCCAUUGAAAAAUAUACGCGUACAUCACUUUCAUCAAACCGAAAAUGAAUCUUCGAUAUAAUGGGACUCAGAUAGUGGCACGACUAGAAGGGAUUGAUAUUUUGAGUAUCUGGACACCCCCUUCCAUCCUUAUUUAUGUAAUAUAAUUUUACUAAAAUGCGUUAAAAUCAUGUUUUUUCUUUUAAAUACGUAAACAUGCAACAGCCCCGUUCAAAAAAAUCCACGUUGCGCUGAUCUCAGGUAUUUAUACAAAUCGCUACGAUUUUAGAAAAGUUUUAAGAGUUCGUGACUCGUUUCCCGGUUUAUUUGUAUAGUAUACAAUAAGGGGAUUAUAUCAUAAUAUUUGUUUGUACAGAGUUUUUGGACUCUACGGCGACAUCAUCGUAAAAUGCUUUCAAUAUCAAAAACCGUCGAAAAUAAUACGUGAGCGAACAAACAAUAAACAAGGAAAUUAUGCACGCGGUAAACAAAUAACAAAAAGGUUUUUGGUACAGCUACGGGUACUCUUUUAUACCGAUCGUUUUAAAUUAAAAUGUUUCUAUAAUUGAGAAAAAAAUUCGUAAUUCAAAUUUUCUGCUCAUUACACGCCGCGAUAAACAACGGUCUAAUUAUGCAAUUAAAACAAAAACUGAUUGUGUAGGUACUAUCAGUAAAUAUUAUUAUAAUGUACUUACCGGGCCGGUAUUCGAUAUGAUGCAUAUACGUUCCGAUAACGUACUUGGACACGAGUCGUAUGAGAGCGGUAAUACACGUGAUCAGUUGGCAACAGGCGUUUUCGAUUUUGUUCCAAUAUUUCUUCUGUUGCUCCAUACCUGCAACCGUGAAAAAUGACGACGAUUUGAGAAUUUGAAAAAGAGCGAAAGAAAGAAAAAACGACGUGCGGUGUAUAAUUCGUGUUAUUGAAAAGAACGGGCGGCGGCGACUGCGCGGGUGUAAAAUAAUAUUCGAUUAAAAUAAUGUGUCGGGACGAAAACCGACGAGGGGAAAAAACACACACGCAUACACGUCAGAUACGGAACUUAUUCUAGCAGGACAGGUUAGUGGAUUGAUACGAAAUUUUAAUGUACGAUAAGGAUGACCGCGUGAUUAUUAUUCGCUUAUGGACAUAAUUUUUUUUUUUUUUUUGUUUUCUGAGCGAAACGACGAAUUUAUUAGUUUAAUAUUAGGUUUAUUAUUAUGAUGCGUUUUUUUUGUUUUUUUUCUGUCUGUAAACAAUACUAAAAAUCUAUCGACUUCGUGGGUGGUUUCUGUUAACAAAUGUUUGUCUAGUCAAAAUUGUAGCCAAUGAGUCGGGGAAGUCAUUUUUGUUUUUAUUUUUCAUAUAGUUUUCUUCAUAAUAGUUGAAAAACCGGAGAAAAAACAACAGAAAAACUGGGAAAUUUACACGGUAAGAAUUUCUGUAAUUUUCGACUUUUGUUUUAUUUUUUUUUUUUUUUUGUUAAUUAUCAACUAAGUAUUUAACUACAUUAUGUAUUAAUAUUUAUUUAUUAUUAACGUCAAAUUACGCGUGACGAUAAUAUUUCUUGAACAUGAGUAAAAUUAGAUUUUUAAAACGCCCUUAUUAUCAUUUAUUCUUAUUUACUCUUAUCUUUUUAUCGGCUCAUUUUUCGUUCGUUAGAUUUUUUACUUAUACUCGAAUUAACGAGUACUAAAUCAAAAUUUGUCGAGUCGAUUUAUCGACCAACUCUAAAUUAAACAUAAAUGUAGUAACCCUAAUAAUACUGUAGUAUUAAUAUAACAAUCUAUUUUUGCGUAUUCAAACUAUUAACAUAGCAAUAUUAUUAGAAAUAUCUGCAUUUGAAGAUAUUUAUACGUAGAGGUUAGAAUUAUUUUUUUCAAAUUAAACAGUCGAGUUCUGGACUAAGUCUAAUAUAUUUAGUAUUAUAUAGUAUUUAUACUCAAUUGAAGUAUGUUUAAUGUGCACAUAACGUGUUACUAAAAUGUAAGCAAAAUAAUAAAAUUAUGCGGUUCACGUUUAUAACUGCCGCGCAAAACUAAAUGAUUUUUAUACUCGAGAUCUCGAUAACAUUGUUAUACUCACCAUUAUUGUUUGAAAAAAGAUCGAGACACUCGUAAUCAGGAUAAAAUUCCAUUGAGCGCCGGGUGGAAUAUACUAUUAUGUAAAGAUUUUUAAAUAAUCUUGUUAUUACUUAUAAUAUUAUCUUACUUAUAAUUUAUAAGUAUCAUGAUAAUAGAAUUUUAUUAAUAAUUUCUAGUAUCUUUGUUUAUUUUUAUUACAUAAAAAUACAUAAUAACUUUGCAAUGUUCGCAAUCGAUCUUUAAUAGGUUUUUUUUUUUUAAACUGUGAAUCAUACGUUUUUAAUUACAUUUAUCAUUACCGUAUAUGGUGACAUGUAUGGUAUUUUAAAGUUCACAUCAUUAUUAUUAUUAUUCUCCAAUAAUUAUUAUUAAAUCACGUAAUUAAUAUCAACUUAUUAAUAUCAAGAUAAAAACAAAAAAACAUCAUCAGAUGUUGUCCGUAAUUCCUUAGAUAAUAAGUAUAGAAAAUAAUAAUAUUUGUUUAGAAGUAAUUUUUUAGAUUUUGGAUACAACGAGGAAUUGGUUUUAGUAUGAUGUGUGUUUUUUAAUUUGUCUAUCCGUUAACAACUUUUCUACCAGAAACUUCGCUCCAUUCAAAAAAUAACAUGAAAGCUUUUGUAUAGCAUUGUGGAUCUAGUUGGUACAUUCAUAGUGUUGUUUUUUGAUUACUUUUUAUGAUUUUUUUAAUAGUUGGAAAAACCGUAUGACAAACGAAGGAUAAAAUAUGUAUGACAUUAACGAUUUUUGUUAUUUAAUAUUUAUUUAUUUAAUACGGAACAACCCAAUUUGCAUUAAACAUUGUAUUCUUAUGGCUAGAUAAUUUAUGUUACAUUAAUUACAUUCAUUAUUAUAUUCAUUUUAUUUUUUUUUUAAAUUACAUUUAGUAUUCAUAUUAUAUCGUUACGCAAACGUUUUGAUUAGGUCAGGUCAGGACGUUUAUUGUUAUAAUGUUUAUAUUUACAAUAUUAAAGUAAUCAAUUGCGACAUUUAGUUUAUUUUAUUUUACUGACUGGAUCCAGUUUCGAUUUCAGUAGGUGCAUAAUAACAUUAAUUACAAAUAGGGGUGGAUUCAAGGAGAGCCAUUAAGGGUUGAAGACCUCCAUCCCUUAACAUGCAGGUACUUUAAAAAUAGAACUUAGGUAUACUAUAUCAUAUAUGUAUAAAAAUUAUAACUAAAAUUAAAAGUAAAUUUUUAACGCAAAGCGAAUUUUGUUUAGCCCUCACCCACUCCUCUCACUUAUAUAAUUCUAAGAUCUAUACCCGAAUGCAAGUAAUCAAAUGUAUAAAAUAUAUAUAACAAGUGUGUAUUAUAACCAUCAUCAAAAAUUAAAUUAUAACUAUAAGAAACGUUAGAAUAAUAUUAUAAUGGGGUGAUUUACUGGCGCGUAGUCUUGGAAUAAACGCGAGGAAUAUAAAAUAUAAAACUAUUAUUAUUACGAAUGUUGUGGUUAUAAGCUCUAAAGUCAAACAAGCUAAGGGCAGCAAAAUAGUCAUCAAAUAUUAUUAUUUAGUAAUUUUAUUAUUAAGGAUAUUGGUAAAUGAAAGAGUCGAUAAAUAUACCUUCGCACAACAUCGACUGCUCGCAUGCACGUAAUUUCACAUAUCGAAACGCGUACGAUUGAAAUGUUUAUGGUUUUGUCCAAGACCAGACGGGUUCGUAAAUCGUUUUUUAACUCCGUCACGGAAAAUAUUCCGUCUCACAUUUCGAGUUUACACACACGUUACGCUAUAGUAUAGAUCGUAUAAACAUUUCACGCCGGUCCUCAGUAUAAAUAUAUACGGACAACUGAUGGAUUAUUGAGCUUUUAUUUCUUCCUACGACCGCGCAAUCGUAUUUAUACAGGACGAGAUGGUUAAAAAGUGCAAUUUACUUUUUUGUUUUCCUACUAUAUGCGUUCUACUUGUAUGUUUUGCUAUUUUUUUUUUUUUUUUUUUUUUUUUUUUUUUUUUUUUAAUAACAGGUAUACUGCCAACAUGGUGAAAACAAACGACCGCGGCGACGCGGCAAUAUGUGUGAUUUUUUCCUCAUAAAUAAACAUUAGUGGAUAUUCAAUUGGUACAAAAAAUAAUCAUCACAGUAACUAUCAUUCAACUCUUAUAUAAAAGUCAUACGCUAAAACAAAAUACAAAUACAGAUUGUAUUUUUUUUAAGAACUUUCUAAAAUAAUGUAUGUAUUGUAUAUUGAGUUGUGUACAGAUCGUAUCACAAAGAUUCAAAAACACCACGAAAUACAUCGAUUUAUAAUCAAAAACAUAAAAUUAUCUUGAUAUAUAUUUAUUUGUUUGCGGGAAAAAAGGACUUAAGGAGAAAGUAAAUUUUUAGCGGUUUUUUUUAUCUAGAUUGCAUAAGUGCAUAUAUUUCCAAAGUUAAUGUAUAUAUAGUGUACUCCAUUUAUGGUCGAGCGAAUUUUCAAAACAUAAAUUUAAAACUAACACGAAAUCAAUGAUAUUAUUAGUAACUAUACUUAUACUGUCAAUCGUAAUAGUCUGGUCGUUUAUGUUUGCGGCGCGUGUAUAGAACCGAUCGAUACAAAAAUCUGGCCACCAUGAUCCAGUGACAUAUUCCGAACGCGAUUUUAUUUUUAGCGACGAGAUGACGUCCCAGAAUUGUUCGUUCGGCCAGACCAUUCACAUUGGUUCGGACCUUAGUCUAAGCGCGCACCUUUGUACGCGUGCGCACGACCUUCAGACGUUUACGACGUCGCGAACGUAAAAUAAUUAUUGUAAACUGUGGUUUAAUCGGUGGUUUAAUGCGGUAUCGACCGGGACUGACCGUACUAUUUUCGAUCCGUGUUAUUAUGACGAGAACUACGGAUUUCGCGAUUACAGGAGGGGGGGGGAAAUGUGUAUAAAUUUAUCCCCAAUAAAAAUUGCGUUGUGGUAUAUAAAACUAUUCAAAUUUGGUUCACGUACACGUAAAAAUAAUAAUAAAUAAUAUAAGUUCAAAAUUUAAACGGUACUUUGUCAAUAUGGUAAAUUAUUGUUAAUCGAUCGAAAUCUGUUUUCAAAAUUAAAUUUGGUCCACCCCAAACCGAAAAAGACGCAGAAAAUAAAUUUUAGUGACGAUAUGGGCCCUUAAACACUGCCGAGAAAAAACAAACGCCAAAAUACAUCGCUUGGUCAAAAAUCAUCACUCCGUGUCUGUCGUUUUAUAAAAAUAUAGUUUAUAUUAUACAAUUUCGUAAAUUUAUAUUUUACUUAAAAACAAUCUGCUCUAUUCACCGUGUAUCCCUUAUGUGCACAAACAGUGGAGUAAAAAAAGGAAGAUUUUGGAGGUUCAACCCCCCUCCCCCCCGAAAUUUAUGAUUGUUACGGCACACGAGCGUAUUUAUGAAUCUAUUUGAUCUAUGUAUUAACCCAAAAGCUUUUUUAUAAGCUUUAUUUGUUUGUUGAUUUCGUAGACGUCAUAAUAUAGAACUUGUGCCUAUCUUGAUCGUUUCGGUAUAUUUCAAUAAAUCCGCCGCUUUGUGAACCUUGAUUUCGAAUAUUUCAUAAAGUCAACUUUGAAUGUUAACAUAAAAUUCGCUAAAUUCGUGAAUUAAAAAAAAAAAGUCUUAAAAUGGUUUGAUAGACCUUUUUUUUUUUUACAUUAAUUUAUAAAACGUAUAUACUUUUUGAACAGGAAAAAUAAAAUAACGAGAUACGGUGGUCGGUCGUACAGUAGCGAAUUUUUGUGUAAAAAACUAUUCGACGGCUAGGCAACCACGAAAAGACAACAAUCGAAAACCACGUGUCCUGUAAUAUCGUAAAAUCGAUCUUAAAACCAUAACGCACUUACGGUUUACGACAAAGUUCCGGUCGGACGAUAAAUUAUAAUUUUUUUGAAAAUCUGCGCAACCACCUGUCCGAUUCGUUUUACAAAAUGUAUUCCAAUAAUUUUAUUAUGAAUUCAUUACAGGACUAUAUUCGAAUGACAUAUUUCGUUUUUGAGGGAUACAGUGUACCUAACGAAAUUGAACUAAGUGUAUACACUGUUUAUGAUUACUACAAGUCGAUAAAUGCCUAUAUAUUAUAUAGAAACUAUAUGUUUCGAUUAGAUGUAGCCGUCUUAUUAAGAGCACUUUUGCAUUUUAUUAUUAAAAAAACAUGUCUCACUGGAAAAACUCUCAAAACUCUCAUAGAGUGGUCCGAUGUUGACGAUUAUUUUUUCGUUAAAAAUAGGAAGACUUAUUUUUACAGCCCGCAUUGAACUUCCGUUUUUUUAAUAUUGUAAACCCAAUCUUUAUAAUAUAUCUUUAAAAUGUUAAGCUACCAAAUUGUAUUGGCUGUUGAAUGUCGUUGUUUACCAAGAAAUAAAUAGUGUUAAAUUAACAAUAUUCCCACACGAAGUCAUGUUCGUCCGUAAAAACGGCCAUUCUGCUUUCCCCUAAAUAGGUAUUAUCGGACAGUAUAAAUUAGUGUCGAAGUCUUAUAUUUAAGGUGGUUAUUAAAAUUUUAACGCGUACGUAACGACUAAUUGCUAGUGAAAAUUCAUUCUGAAAAAUAUGUCUUUACAAAAAUUACAUUUUAGGCUUUUUUCCGCGCGUAAAUUUUCGUGUACCGACCGUUAUUUGAAAUUCGUAUUCUUCUGUUCUCUUUUACUUUCAUCUCAGCUAUUUGGGGUCUUUGUAAAAAAAAGAAAAAGAAAAACCGGAGUUCAAUGCGGACUGUAAUAUAGAACGUGGUCGUAUGUCGAUUAAAAAAGAUCUAUGUUAUGACUAAUAAAUAUUCCCGUGAAGAAGUCACGUAUUCGUCUGUAAAAACGACGUACCCCGUAUCCCUUUAGACGGAUGUGCGAAUGGGUGAGGGGGCGGUAGAUUGAGGUGUAAAAGUCUACAGACGUAUACUGAAAACACGAUUGUUGUCGAAUUUCGCGAAAUCGAAAGAAAUCCGGGUGACCGACGGGGGAAUGGGGAGGGGAGGGAUGCCGUUCAUUUAAAAACUCCGCGUGAAUCCCGUAAUAUAUUUCGUUACGAUUUCAUGGUGAAUUUACGACGGGCGUGGGAUAUGGCAUAGGCAGUGUAGGUGGUGUAGGUGUAGGUGGUAGGUACUCACCGCGUGUGUGCCGGGAUUCGCUGACGUUCGCGCGUGAACAAAAACAACGGACGGCAAGUCGACAAAAGUCAACGACGGCGGCGGAAAUUCGAACCGCUGGGUACGCGACGGCGGCGGUGCGCGCUAUCAGAACCCAUCGGAAGCCGUGCGGACGAGCGUGUAUACGGCGGCGCGCGUGUUCUUCGCGGGCUCCGUCGGAACGUUGUGUCUGCCCGCGCGGCGGCAGUCUCUGGUCCGGCACACGCGUGCGGCGUACUGUCAGACGACGGCCGCGGCGGCGGCUGCGGCGGCGGCUGCGGCGGCGGCGGCGGCGGUCACAACGAUGAUAGGUUAACACCUAUCAUAUUAUACACAUAUAUGUAUAUAUAUAUAUAUAUACGUAUAUACAUAUAUACACAUAUAUUAUAAUAUAAACGCGGUGAUAGUAUUAUAUUGUUAUAGUUAACCGACCACGACGGACACUUAACAGUCUGGAGAACCGCUCGGGCGCGCGCGCUCGCGCGAUGUCGUCCGUGAUGUUCGUAGGCAUCAUUAUUAUACGCGCACGAGUGUACAGGUACGAUGUUAUAAUAAUAUUAUUAGGUAUACAGUGAUGGUCCGGUGUUCAUUGCGGACACUUGUACAUUAUAUAUAUAUAUAUUAUUAUUAUUAUAUUAUGCAUAAAGUAAAUAAAUAUAUAAAUAAAAUAAAUAAACGAAUCAAUGCGUCGCCUGGAGUGUUACGAUAAGCGCAUUGUACGACCGGUUUCGAAUUAAAAAUUCAUCAUCGGGUAUAUCACAGUCAUAAAACAUAAAACAGUCACAGACAUUUUGACUGUGAUACACCUGAUGACGAAUUUUUAAUUCGAAACCGGUCGUACAAUGCGCUUAUCAUAAUACUCCAGGCGACGCAUUGAUUCGUUUAUUUAUUUUAUUUUUACAUAUAAAUUUUUGAUUUGUAUAUUUAUUUACUUUAUUUGUUUACGAGUAUUAACCAUUUUAAUAAAUUUGUUUUUACUUUAUUAUUUUAUUAUUGUAUAUAAUGUAUCAUUAUGAUAUUAUUAUGUACAACACUAGCGCAUUCUUCUUUUUCCCCUCCACACUCGUGGUCGGUAUUACAUAUUACUAUUAUUAUUAUUAUAAUAUUAUAUACGCGCUCAACCCGUCCCGACGCGACUUCCUUUAAUUUCACACCAAGGUCGCGACGACACCGCCACUCCGCCCACGCCUUCGCCUACGCGGCCUACAGGUACGUAUAAUAAUAUGGUACGUAUGUACAAUAGCGGCCGGUCACUUAAUAUACCAGUACACGGAUGUGUGUAGAGUGAGUUUCCGGAAAAUUAUUCCAGUCGGGGGGAUGUUUCGCGUCGAAUCGCUUAUUUUUGCAGGACCCUCCCCCCCAUCUCCCCUCAAAAGCAAAAUUUUUCACUUUUCGUGAUAUUCUAUAAAACAAAGUGUAGUCCUACGGCACUAGUGCAGUACUAACUGCAGUCUUAUCACCGGUGUCGUAUUAGCUCAACGGCAAAAGGGAAGAACGUGUUUUGUAAUUUUCGAUUACGGGAUCUCUGCCGUGUUCUGUUUUUUAUUUUUAUUUUUACAUUUUCCCUCCGUAGUUAUGAUAAGUCUGAGUAUGUUUUCUGUGAAAGAAAUCGGAUUGUAAUAGAGACGAAACGGUCAAUACCGUCUUUUUUGGGUUUUUUUUUUUUAUGCGAGAUGUUGUACUAUUGUACAUUAUAGUCCAGGUAAAUUAGACUCAAUUUUGACAAAUAGCAGGAAAAAAAGCAGGAAAGCUGAAUUUUGGUAUACAACUUUAUUGAAAAGUACUUAGUAACAUACUAAAAGUCCCCUAAGAUUUGAUUACCGCUACCUCCGCUAAAGCGCGCUUUGUGUAAGAAAAAUCAGUUGUUCUCAAAUAACUCGGUUAUUUUUAAGAUUAUAAGAAUAAUACCUACAUACUGUAUUAUAGAAGAGGUACCUAUAAAAUUACCUAUAAAAAAUAUAUUUACAACAUAUUUUCUGGGAAUUAUAUUUACCUCGAUAAUCGCAUAUGAAAUAUCAUAGAUACUAUUAUUCUUACUAAAAAUCCAAUAUAACUGUGAAUCAAGCCUUAGACGAUGCAGAUUCUUUGGUUGUUAAUACUGCCAUUGAUUUACUAAUAAUAUAAUUAACUAAUGAAACAGUUGUAAUAGUUGGUGAAUAUAUUAACUUAUUAAUUAUUCUUAUAGGCCUGGCCCCUAUAACCAAUAACAUUUUUUUCAUUAAACUAAGAAAAGGUACAAUUGAAAGAAGAAUUUAUUCAUCUAACGCUUACAAUCACAAAAAGAUACAAAAAAACCAAUUUUAUUCAUACAUACAUUUUUUAAUUGUGACACGACUUCCUCAUUUUUUAGAAAAGGUAAAGUACAGUAUUUUAAAAUUGUUGAGAAGCGCCCUAAUUUAUUACACUCAAUAGAAACAUUUUACGAUCCUAUUGCAAGUAAAGAUAGUAUAUGUAAAGCAGGUGAAAUGUCUAUUCUUGCAUUGUAUAAUGCCAGUGAAAAAAAAACUAACCUCAUUAACUACCGUUAUCAAUGUUUCGCAAAAAAUGUAUCCAGCAGUAAAAAUAUCUUAUUAACUCUUCCACCUUUUGAAGCAGCUGCGCGAGAAAUUAAUUUCGAGUUUACCAUCUUAUUCAAAUAUGUGGUUGAAAAUUGAGAAAUUAGUUAUCAAAUCUUAGGGAACUUUUAGUUUGUUACUAAGUACCUUUCAAUAAAGGUGUAUACCAAAAUUUAGCUUUCCUAAUUUUUUCCGCUAUUUUUUUUAAUUUGCCUAGACUAUUAUGUAUUACAAUUUUUUGUCCGAGGAAAAUAAGCACUUAAACUAUGUUCUUGACUUUUGUAUGGGUGAGGAAGUCGUUUCUACUUACGGAUAGGCCACUGUUAUAUGUAAGUAAAAGUAGGAUACACUACAAAGUAAUUUAUUUUAUAUAUACAACGAAGAAUCCUUGCUUGCGAAAACCUAAAAAUCAACAAAAACUAAAUCAUCAGCAUUUGUUGUUAGUUUUUUUAAAUUGUAUACAAAAAUGAUUAGGAAUUUGUUUAAAAAGUAAAAUAAUAAAAUCUUAAUAAUAACAAAAAAUAAAUAAAAACGGUUGCCAAUGACAAUCUUAUUUUUAAUCUUUCAAUCUUUUUAACCUAAAAAACCAAGUUUUCUUCGUUAUCUCGAAUAAUAAUGAGAAUUUCAAAAAAUGACCUCUUCCACCCAGAAAACAUUUCCUUUUAGAAAUGUUGCUAUACUUGAUAGUCGGAAUAAUCUUUCUGGUAGAAAAAAUGUUUAUAUAAAAAAAAAAUAAUAAUAAUAAUAAACAUCAUUGUAAAAUCAAUACAUUUCUCGCUCCACUCAGAAUCUUAAAUAUCGUACGUUCAAAUUUCGCACAAUGAUGAGCAUUUAUUGAUAUCAAUAUUAGGGCGGUAGCAAGAGAGGUGAGCAUUACUUACGCCCCGGGCGCAAUACCUGGGAGGACCUAAUAAAACCCCAAAAACCUAUAAACAUUACGUUAAAAAGAAAUAUUGCAAUACAAAAAAUUUAAAAUUUAUAAAAUCCAAUAGUGAGAUAAAACAAUAUAAUUCAAACAUGCGUUUGAUUCUAGUUUAUACAAGUCAUUUAGCUUUGAGUUUUCAUUAUUUAUUUUUUAUUUUAUUCAAUAUACAGGACAAGCCCAAAAUAAUACAAGUAAAUAAGUAGACAGGUUACAGGUUAAAGGAAGGAUCCGAGGUAAGAACGCGCAUAAAGCGAGAAUUAGAAUUAAUUAUAAAUUACAAUUCAUAAGGACACAUUUUAAAGUUUUACGUGGGGCGAAACAUUUAGUUACUACAUUCCUGGUCGAUAUAGGUACUGUUUAUUAUUAGUAGUAUUAUUGAUACUGUGUACCUAAAUUUUCUUUUUUAACCCUUUUUAUAACCUAACCGAAUUUAAAACACACAUAGUACGGUAUAUCUAAUUAAUCUUAAUCAUUUUGGUAAUCGAUGGCUAGCCGAGCAGUAGGUAUGUUGAAUUUUGUUUAACGCUAUCGCCAUUAAACACGGCAUCGCCUUCAACCGUCAUAUUAUACACACGUUUGCUAUUUUUUCGUGCCUGGUCGCUUUGCCGCAAUAAACGUAAUUUCGUGUUCGUGCAUUUUUUAAUUAAAUACGCACGUGACGCGUUAAUUUUUUAAAAUAAUAAAUCAUAUUUAUACUCUAACCCCUCCCCCACAAUUAUUUGCUGGCUAUUGACUUGUAACUAAACUAGUUUAAGUGUUCGACCAGACAUCCAAUUAAGUUGAUGAGUUAAAACUGGAAAACAAAUGAUUUUGUUUGAAACUAAAUUUUGAUCGACUGUUCUCAUGCAGUGCUGCAUUAUUACAAUAUGUUUGUAUCAGCAUUACAAUUUACUGUGAUAGUUUGAUUUACCUUAGGUAUUUUUAUAUAAAAGCAACUUAAUAUUGAAUACUUUUAAUGUUGAUUUUUUUUUAUCAGAAAGUUAAAGCAAAAAAAAAAAUUACUUCGUUAACAUGUUUUUGUAUUUCAGUUUUUAACUCAAUUAGUUCAAUUUAUUUUUUGUUAACUUUUAUCUGAUGGAUUUUUUGUUAAUUUCACUUGAUUUAAUUGAGUUAAUUAUUCUCAUUAAAAUGCCCACCAUUGUAUUAUUUUUUAUUGUAAUUAUUGUAUACACGAAAUUAAAAUAUAACAUAGGUUACGUCCUAUAACCGAGUUUGCGUAAUCGUUCAUAUUAUAAUUUUGCAAUUGAAUUUUAUAAUAAAACAUAAUAGUAUUGCAAUAAAAAGAAAAUACGUAGUGUAUACACGCUAUGUAAAUUAUUAUAAUACCGUAUAACUACACAUAAUUUAUAACUAUAAUAAAUUGACAACAAAAUUUAAUUGUAAUUCAUUGAAUGAGUUUUACACGACGAUAAAAUGGACUUUUUAAUUUAACUAUUUAACUAUUCUUUUAAACAUUACAAUUUAAUUGCUUUAGUCAACAUUUAAAUUGCAUUUGUGCAACGGCUAGAGUUUGUUAAUUGAAACAUGCAUUGUUAAAUUAUUAUUUUAUCUCUGGGUAAAUAUUUGUUACGAUACGGUAACAAUCUGAUGAUAACGUAAACUAGUGGCGUUGGUGUUAUAGGGGGGAAUGAGGGUUCACAGUCCUCCUUUGCCUUUGGCCUUUCAAAUUCUGAGUAUAGCGAAAAGUUAUUAGUUUUAUUAAGAUGUAUUUUUUUUCGGAAAACACUUUACCUAUUAGUAGAAAUCUUCUAAUUUGUUUUGAUUUCAUACCUUAAAAGAUGCGGAUGGUAAUUUAUAUGAAAAUUAUUUCUAGUUUUCCAACAAUUUGUCUAUACAAUUUAAAAAACUAACAACAAAUGUCGAUACUCGUAUAUACGUUUUAUUUUUGUUGAUUUCUCAAUCGAAUAUUUUUUUUAAGCGUUGGUUUAAAUUCAAAUUUAUAAGAAAAUCGUAAAAAUCGCGGCGUUCCAAAAUGUUUAACCGAACUUCGCUCGGAAUCGAUUUUCAUUAGCGACGAUUUGUCAUCGCAUGCAUUUAUAAAUUCAAAGCGGGUUUUUUUUUUUUUUUUAUCUGUGAGCAUCUUUUCUACUAUAAAUCUUGCUCCGAAAAAAAAUAACAAGAGAUCUUCAUUGUUGUAUUUUGGAUCUGAUUCGUGAAUUUUUAUGAAAAUCGUAAAUAUUACGAUAUUUAAAUAUACGAUCUUUCGAAUCAUACACAUACGAACUUCGGUAAGAAUCGUUUAUUGUUACUUACAGAUAUAAUUUAAAUAACUUUAUUAUGUAUCCUAAUGUAUCCUAAAUUAUGUAUCCAAAUUCUUAUCUAUAACAGUGGUGCACACAUCAGCAGCGUCAAUUCUUUUUAAAUUAUAUUACAUGUAGUUCGUGAAUUCUAAUAUAUCAAAAUAUGGACUUUACUCGUAUUUUCAAUUAAACAACUAAUAACGAAAAAAAUUGCAUUCAAAUUUACAUAAGUAAUGGUAAUAAUAUGCAACGGAAAUAUUAUGAUAUUUCCGUCUCUAUGAUUAAAUACGUUUAUACAGUAUGUAUAAUAGUAUUCCGUUAUGCGUCUAUUGAUUUUAGAGAUUGUUUUAACAAUGAAAUGAUAUUUUCAUGAUAUUGAAUGAAUUUUUGAUUAAUUCAGUUAAUUUGAAACGAAUACUGUACCUAUAUAUUAAUUAUUAUGCUUUUGUUUAAAAAAAUCUAUUAGUUAUUAUUAUACAUUUUUUCAUGAUAUGGUGACAACUAAUACUAUAUUAUUGGAUCUUCAAAAAGUAUUUUUUUUUUUUUUUACAAUGAUCUUCACGCGUUAUGAUUUCUUUUAUACCAUAAAAAAAAAUCGAUCCGUCUGUAAAUUUCUUUUUAAAACAUUAUUAUUGUAUAAAUAAUAAUGAUGCCAUUAUCUAGCAUUAUCUCUGUUUCUCGGUUUAUAUAGAAGCGUGUGAAUGUUUUAUUAAAAUCGUGUCGACACAUCACGACUAAGACGAUGAUAAUAAUAAAUGCCAGCGACCACCCCGCCGUCAUCACCACCGGUUAUAGAAUUUCGACGAAUUUCAUUUUAUCGAAUAGGGGAAAAAACCAGACGUCGUCGUCGGAUUUUAACCCUUCAAUUUCAACACGUGUUUAUAUAGGGGAUGUUACAGUUCAUUAAUCAAACACACGCCUGUUGUCCAGGUGACUUCGAGACGAGCGAGUGUAUUCGUAUGUGUGUAAUGCACAUAAAUAAUAAAUAUACAUAAUAAUAUAUGUAUAUUAUAUAUACAACUGCAUUGAAACCGCGUUUCCUUUGUGUGCAAUGCCCUAUACUCAGUAUACAUACAGGGUGGUUCUUUUAUUAUGAUCCAGCGAUUUUCUUACAGAGAAUUUUAAGUAAAUUUGUCUUUUUUCAAUCAUUAUAGAAUCGUUUAAGCUUUAUUUUAACGUAAUGUUCAUAUUUGUAUUUUCUAUGCGCUUUGUAUACCCAAAAUGAGUAUUAAUAACUUUUGAUUUUUAAGCGGUAAUACUCCACUGCUCAUUUUUAAUCCAGAUACGAAAAAAUAAUAUUUUUCUAAAUCUUUUCAUCAUAUGCACAUCAUGAUAUUAUAGGAUUUUUCAUUUAUGAGUUAGUUGAUAGUUUAAUGAAUCGUCCUGUAUAUACUCAUUUUUUACCGAAAACGGGUUCUGGCCAAAUGUAAUUUAAAGGCGAUAAAAUUAUAAAACGUCGCCAUAGAAUGAUUGGAUACAAACUCAUAAUAAUAAUAAGUAAAACAUAAGUCACUGUGUAUUGUAUUACAUAAUAUUGGGAAAUAUGUUAUUAAAGAUUAAACAAAACGCAAAGAAAACAAAUAUGUAAAAUGUAAAUACAAAUUGAAAACAUUUACCAUACCUGUUGGUUAUUGAUAUUCCUUAAAUUUGAAAAUUACUAUUAUAACAACAACAAAUACCUAAUAGCAAUUUUUUUUCGACAAAAUAUCUUUGAUUUCGUGGGGUAAAACGAUUUUCGACAUCUGGAUGAGAUGACGCAAUUAAUUACUUUUCCAAUAAUUAUUUAAAUAUUAUAAAAAAAUAAAAAUAAACCUCAACAAUUCCUUAAAGAAAUAGGCUAUUAUGCCCAAUAUUAUUCACAAUAAUGCACUUAUAUAAUAUUCCAAAAAAAUGAUUAUUGAAACAAAAUGAAUAAUAAAAUGUUUUAUUCUCGUUCAAAAAUAUAGUGUAACAAAAUGAACAUUGUAGGUAAACGAUAAGUGCAUUGAAACCUCAACCCUAUAAUUUUACCUAUUUACGGGCGGUUAUUAAUUAUUAUAUAAACAAUAAUGUUGCAUAAUGAAAUUUAAAAAAAAAAAAUGACACAUUUGUGCAUUUAUAAUCGAAUGUUUCAUUCAUGAUAAAUAAUAAUGUAUUAACAACAAAUGAUGACGACCAUAACACGACUAGACUACAGAACAACUAACAUAAAAAUAUAAAUAAGAUAUUUAAAUAUUAGUUACUAUGUAUCUUUAUUUUAUUAUUUUUUAAUUAAUCUUAGGAGAACGGUACACACGAUACAUAUUUUGUUUUCUGCAUCUUACAAACGAACGACAUAACAAAUUCGAUAGCAAUUAGAAUUUAUUUUGCGAUGUUAGUUUUAAUAUGUAUUUUACGUCGAUUUUUUCUUGAUACUUUAAUUUUAAUUGAGAUAUCACAAUUUAAAGAUGCUUAUAUCUCACUUAAAAAUUUAAAUACUUAACAAAAAACUAACGUGCAAACACAGAUGUUCAGAUGUUAGAUUCUUACCUAAUUCGGUAAUGGGUAAAUUCAUUCUAAUAAUCGUUCUAAAACUAACAGCAAACAAUUUGUACUACAAUUUUCUGUAUCAUGCGUUUAUAAGACGGAGACAACAAAAUUAAUGUCUAGAGUCCAGGCGUUCACUUAAUAAUAAAAUCAAUUUUCAUUUUCCAGCAGCUGCUUUAGUUGCAGUCGUUAUUAGGAAUUGGUAUAACCGUAUCGUAAUUAUAUUUAUAUAAUAUCGAUUAUUACGAAUUGGAGACUUUUUUUAAAAAUAAAAUUCUAACCGGAUAGCAAUAGGUAUAAUUAUUUAUUCUAAUAACAAUUAAUUGUUUUAUAUUAUAAUAAAUAGUAGACACGCUUACCUUUAGUCUUUAGAUAUCGAUUGACGCAGAAAAAAAAGCAGUGUCUUUUUUAAUUAUCAAGCAACUAUACAAUGCAUAAAGCUCAUAUUUAAAUAAAAUAACUACUAGACUGUAAAUUCGCUCUACACAAUCUACUGCACUUUUCUUAUCACUCACGCAUAUCUGAAAUAAUUUAUAAGUCCAUCUAGAAUAAUAUUAAGUACUUCUAUAAAAAUAAUAAUAAUUACACCGUUCGAUUUUAACCUACACCAACACCAUUAUAUUAUACAUAUAAUUUGAUAUUUAUUAUUGAAAUUAUAAUUCCGAUUGACGAUAAUGAAACAAUUCGCUGACGUUAGCUAGUAAAUUCUUGUUUAACUAUACCGAGUUAUCUGGCUCGAGGUCGGCACAAUAAACAAAAUACUUUUCGAUAAAAUUGUCUAUGAAAAUAAUGUUUUGUGAUAAGACUGUCGUUGUCGACUUGUCGUGAUUAACUAACGUGAUCAAAAAAUUUGAAUAAAAUAAAUUAAUACAAUAAUAACUAAACGUUUCGGGCGUUUCGAGUCGUUUUUGGGAAUACUCGAUAUUUCGAAAUGUACUAUUUUGUGCAAAAAAACGUAUCUUGUAUUAGUAACUCUAUAGUUCAUAAUAUAUUGUAUACAUUGAAAGUAUAUUAUUGGUUUUAAUACGCAGGCCCGGGAGUAAAGUGAUGUAUGCUCCUACCUAUACAGUUCUAGUCGUUGACAUUUUGUCAAUAUUAUAUAUAGUCAUAUAGUAUAUCAAUAGGCCGAUAGACGACUUGUUGAUACACUUGUGUAUGAAUAGUAAAAAAUAUUAUAUACCUACUCAGUACAGUACUCUUCAUAUACAUAUAUAUUGCAUAUAUGUUACGAUUGUUAUGGUAAAAGUAUGAACGCUAGUUAAAUUUAGGCUUUACCAUAUAAUUUAGUCAAACUUUGAAUGAUUUUACAGUUCAGAUUUUUAUAAACGUACAUUGCUGUAUUAUUACAAGUUGUAACUGGAGAUUUUUAUCAGUUCGGUGCAAAAACGAGAACAUAUUCUGCAACGUUAAAUACCAGUUAAAUGAACGUUGAAUUUCAGCUAAUGUUUGUUAUUAUCAUGCAUUAGAUCCUUAAAUAUUAUACUAUAUAAUAUAUAACUGCAAAAUGAUUAAGUAUAUAUUUCAAUGGCAGAUAGGUUAUAGGCGUUGGUUAGAAGUCACAAAGGUGGGAUACAACUUUCGGUCUAAGACUUGCGGGUCGUGAAUAGGAAGGACAGGGACAUACCUCCAGGCCGACGAAUCCACGAACCGGACCGUGAAAACUCGGAACACGGGUAACUUUGGUAGUUAAAUUAGUUAAGCUUUCAUAGUUUAACGAUCAGUUUACUAUUAUAUUUGUAUACAUACGCAAAAUAGGUAUAUAAGCUGACUAGUCAUUAUGUUCUCCCCUAAUGCACAUUACCAUUGUAAGGCCUUCGGCCACUAUGUAAGAUAUCGUAGUUCUGCACUGCUAUACCAUCUCGCGUAUAUAAACUUUGUUGAAUGACGUAAGAACCAUUAGUGAGUUUAAAUAAAAUAUUAUAAAUUAAUAAUUAACUAAACCAAUCUACAUUUAUUUUUAAUACUAAGAUCUUAUAUAAACCAUCCACGCUGUAGAGCUACGGUUAAAUUUAUUCAAAAGACCAUAAUGUGUUCUCCGAAUAUUAUUUUUACUUAACGAGUCAUCUCCGAUCACGUUAAAAUAGAAUUACUAAUUGUUAAUCGUAUUAUGUAGUUUAUUAGUUAUUAACUGAUAUGCGAGCCUACCCCACGAAGGGAUAAACAGGAUUGUACAUUUUAGUUGUAUGAUUAAACAAUAAUAACGACGGCAGCAAUGGGGAUGUAUUGUGAAAACAGGUCCUCCACUGAUGUCGGUUCAAUCUCGUAAAAAAAAAGGGGGACGAAAAUGCCAGUUUUAAUCGCAUUGAACCCAAAAUUUGUUUUUGUUAAUUAUUAAACGUUUGUAAACAUUUAUUAUUUAAAAAAAAAAAUGGUGUUUCAAUGUUUAUUUAGGGUUAUUUUAACGUAAACCGUGGUAAUGUAAUAAUAAAUCAAUAAUCAAUAUUUUAAAAUUAACAUUAAAAUAAUAUUACAAUACUACGUACGUAGUACCACGCGCGGUACCCUAAUGCGAAGAUAAUGUUUUAGAAUCGGCAAUAAUUCCACGAAACGAAAUUGAUAUUUGUCAAGCGGUAUCACUAUCACUAGCUACUAUCCUUAAAUGGUGAACUAGGUGUUUAUAAGGUGUGACUGUUUUGUGAAAAAAAUCGUAUAACAAAUCGGUGUAAACGUCGAUCAAAAAAUGCACUGUAUGUUGCGUACUCUGUGUUUCGCAAAUAAUGUAUUAAGUCAAUCGAUACAUGUGUAACGUCGUAAUAUAAUUAAAUCGACGCAGGCAAAUCGGUCGUUAAAUUAAGUUUAAACACGUAAGGGCCAUUAAUGUGAGGACAAAACCGUUUGACUUUCACAAAAGCGUUCUCGCGCAAGAGCGGACGUCACGUAUUGACUUGCCCGACCCGGCCGACAAGGUUAUGGUAGACGUCAGAAGCACCGGUCACUUCCAUACGGAGGAGCGGUGUAUGAAAAGAACCCAGCCCAAAAGGCAUUCAGGAAUUGAGCAAUCGAGCUAAAAGUACAAUCCACGAAAACAUAGUUGCCGCCGAGAACACCGUGCCAGUCCGUGUUCGGCAAUUUCAAAGUACACAUUCUCUAUAUGCAAUAUACGUCUGAUCUAACCCGAGUCUGAUGGCAGUGCGUCGUUUUGUUUUAAUCAUUGGUACAAUUUUAAAAAAUUAUUGAAAAUUUUAUAACAUAUACAUUCGUUAUUAGAGCAUAAUACACCAUUAUUUGUUCGCCUCACUCAAAGGCUGUAGUUUUUCCAAACGGCACACAACAUAAUAUGCAACUCGAGACCCCACAGUUGCCAAGCCUACCCUAAGAAAUAUCAGUUUUUGGAAUAAAAAUAUACAUCCUAUUGUACAAAAGUUAUUUUUAUCAAUUUUUGUAGUCAUAUUUAAUAAUAAUAAUAUAUAAGCUUAUAAUAUUGUAAUAAUAUGCGAGUAUAAAGCGAGGGGAAAAAAUCAAACGAUUAGUACCUAGGGAAAAAAAAUAAUAUUUCGGACUUUUACCAACACUAAAUUUUUUAUUCUAAGAUUCGACAAAUGUCGUUUGUCAAAUUCCGAUCUAUAAAUAUCAUUCAAGGUUUGACCAAACUGUUUUGUUCCCCAAUAUUUCAUAUUUUAUUCAUACUUACUGUAAAAUGUAUAAAUAUAAUCGAUUAUAAUUUUGUUUUUUUUUUAUUUUACAUUAGUAAAUUAUACAUCGAAACCUGGCAGGUAUUUGGCUUUUAUAAUAUAUUGGUGAAUUAGGAUGAAUUUUUUUCGAUUUUUAUCAGAAGAUCUAAAAUCUAGCCGAUUAUAUAUUAUAUUGCACUAUUACAUUGUACACAUUAAUAAAUUAUGCAUAUAAAAUACACUAAUUAAAGUUCCAAACCGCGCAAUGCAAAUAAUACUGUUUUUUUUUGUUUACAAGCUAAAAGUCCAUUGUUGAAUUCUCUCUUUUUUUUUUUUUUUUUUGAUUGCGAUAUUAUGCAAUAAUUGUCUGAAGUAAACAAGUGUCAUAUUAUCAUUUUUAAAACCUGAUGCCAUCGUAUUCAUCAACCGUGACAAUUUAUUAGAUGAGCCAACAUAAUGUAUCACAAUAAAACUUAUCACGAUCAAAAUUCUUAUUUAAUGUAUUUUUUUUUCAAAAAUUAAAAUACUUAAAUACCGUCCAAAUUCUGUCAACGUACGAAGUUUUUCUACACCCACGCGAAUGCAUUCCCGUUUUACUAUAUAUUAUAUCAUAUAAAACUGCUUAUGCCGUAAAUUGUUUGUAUACACUGUCAAUAAUAUUUUUUUAAAUGUAAAUUUAAAAAAUACGAAAUUUGUCGUGGGUGAACAAACGAUCAACUUAUGAUGUGAUGCACUAUGUCAUAAUUUAGCGGAUUUGAUUAAUGAAAUUAAUUGAUCUUUUAGUUCGUUACUUGAUAUAGAAGAAAUCAUUACAUUGUUUUAAAGAAUGGACUAAACGUUAAAUUCGUGGUCCAAGCACAGGGUAUAUUGGAGUAUAACAAGGAUAAUUUUAAGUAUAAAUUUAAAAAAAUAACUAUUGCCAUAUCAAAACGAAAUAAUUUAAUUUAAAAACAUUAUCCAAAAUUCUCGAACGAGUAUUUGAUAUUUGACAAUUUGUCAUUUCAGUCAAUUUUGUUACUAAUACAAUAUCAAAUCGCCGAAAAUCGUCAAAAAAAAAAAAAAAACAAUAAUCCAUGAAAUUUGGGAUGAAAAAAGUCAAAAAUAUUAUCGGAAAAAUAAGUGAACAUAAUUUUAGACUGUGAGCGGCAGACGCGGCGUUUAGGGAGACCAUAAGGCCAUAGCACCCCUAAACAUUAAACUACUUAUAAAUAAUAAUUUAUUUCAGAAAUCUGUAUAGAAGUUCAGAGUGUUAAUAAAUUAUAAUCACGGCUUUUGCAAAUAGUUGCGCUAUCACAUUAAACGGUCAGGGGUCAUAUUGACCGACGGACGUCUGGUCAUGUUAGUUAAAAUAUAAUUUUUGGACCAAAAGGAUAUCACCUCCCCCCACUAGAAGACGAAACAAAUCCUUCACUGGUGAGCGAAGCGAAAAACGUAUUGAUUUCACUAUAAUGUGUGGUUUUUUUUUUUUAAAUUUUUUAUUCUGUUUGUUCACAAGUUCUCUACCGAGAAUCUUGUUCCAAUCAAAAAAGGACAUUUUUGUUAAAUUUUAAAUAUAGUUGGCAUAUUUAUUCAUUUUUUUUGUUUUUCAAGCAAUUUUCAUAAUAAUUUGAAAAAUGCAAAAAAAACGGACAAAUUAACGGCGUUAACGAUUUCAUUAUUUUAAAUUUGUUCGAUUUAGUUUUUCUACCAGAAAUAUUGCACCAAAAUUAAAGUGUAGUAUACCUUUUAUAAAUAAUAUGUUAUUUAGUUGACGUGUAAUAAUGUUAUUUGUUUAUUUUAAUUCCGGUUUCUAAAUGAUUAUGCAAUAAACCGGAAAAACGUAAGAAAUACUGAAAUAACAUAGUUUCAUAGUUUUCAAUUUUGUUUUUUUAUUUGUUUCUAAUUUAGUAAAAAUGUUUCUUAAAAACCUGAAACUGUCACAGAAUACUUAUAUGGCCUUUUCUAGACGUGGUAAAAUGUUUAAAAUGUACUUUAGAUUUAUGAGCUAUUUAUAGGUAUUUAAAAUGUUCGAUAGAUUUUUAGUUUUUAUUUAAUAGAUAUUAUAUCGGUAUCAGUUCUUUUGUAAUAUUCCGUCUAUUUCUCUGUAUAAAUUAUAAGUAGUAUUAAGAUUUCACAUGGUAUUCGUGAAAUUCCUUUGCGAAUUUUUAUUAUAGUCUGUGUUAUGUAUGUUACACCUAUACGAUAUUAUUUUCAAUUUUAUACUUACCUACAGUGUACAAGACAUAUACAGCAGUAGAAUAUUAUGGUCGGCGAAAAGUGACUUAAAAUUAAUUUUAUUGAAAACGAGUUUGCCAAAACGUUCAACCGGUUUUUCGACAUUUUUCAGUAUAAGUGUUUUCGUACGAUUAUAUUGAAAAUACCAAGUAAAAAUAUUCAACCUAAGUACAAACAAGACCACGGAAUCCAUUUUACUGGCAGACAAUAAUAUUUUGUACAAGAUUUUAAUAUCGUUCCUAUAUACAACGGGGAAAAAUGUACAUAAAUAAUGUACCUAUAUAUAAGAAAAAUAGCUAUGAAUGUUUAUUUAAAAAACAUAAUAUUAUUUAAAAAUUAAAAAGUUAAAAUUGAAGCGUAGAUCGCUUUUCAACCGUAUAAUUACAAUAUUUACCUGUUAAUUUAUCUUAAUUUCUAGACUAGCGAAAAGAAAGUUUUAAUUAUAAAUUUAAAUACUUCAUAAAAAUCAGUGAGUUUAAUAUUUGUUUAAUAUAGUACCGAUUUUCCCGUUUCUCUAUGUUUUUUUACGUUUUCUGGGACAACUCUUGGAAAAAUCGAAAAAUUACCUACUUAUAGUACCUUCCCAAUCAAAUUUUCCUCAGAAAAAGUUUUAUCAUUGUAAAUCGAAGCAAAAUUUCUAGUAUAAAAAGUUCAUACAAGAAAAAAAAAACAUCUUUAUAAAACCAAAAUACUCUCCACUCAGAAUCUAAAAUAUUAUGCUAAUUAAACGAAAAACAGUGAACAUAUAUUUAUUUGAUGUAUAUCUGUACGCAACGAUUAAUCAUUGCUAACAAAAAACUAUUCUAGUCAGAGUUCGGUUAUACAUGUUUAGAAAGACCGUAGGUAAUAUUUCCGAUUUUCGUCAAAAUGUGAUAUUAAAAUUCUUAAAAAAAAAAUACUACAUUAAACUCAACUUUUCCUUGUUGGCAACUUAUAUAGUAUAUUAUAUAGUACAACUAAUAUAAUGAAACUCUCUUUUCAAAAAUUUCUGUUUGGUUUAACAAUUUCGUUCAAAGAGUACCUACCGAAUAUAAAUUAUGUAAAAACUUCCAAAAUUAUAAUGUUUAUAAAUAGCUCAUGAAUGGCUCAAUUAUUUUGAAAAUUUUACUUCUUCUAGAGAAAAUAAAUAUAAGUUCUCUGUCUAAAUUUCAAGUAUAUGAAUAUUUUAAUUGAAUCGGAACAAAAAAACAAAAUUUCAAAUAAUAAAAAAAUUAUUUUUGUAAAUUUGCCCGUUCUUUCUACUUUUUUUUUUUUGGUUUUGCUGAAUUAUUAAAAAAAAACUACACAAAAAUCAAAAACCUUCUUUCUAAUUCACCAAUCAAAUUAAGAAUUUAACAAAUAUGAAUUUUUUGUUGAUGAUGCAUUAUUUCUGGUAGAAAAUAUCGUUUAUACAAACUUCAAAUAAUGAAUUUGGUAACGCCAUGGCGUGUAGUAAAUAUAUGCCGUUUUCCUUAUUAUUUUCUAUUGGGUUUUUCAUAUUUAUUUCGAAAGCCCCUAAGAAAAUAAAAAAUUAAUGUUUUUGAUACACUAAUUAAACAAAAUUACUCUUUAGAAAAGGUUCAAUACUUUAUACUUCGGAACAAGAGGAAAGUUUUAGUAGGAAAUUUAUUCACAGUCGUAGACAAAAAUAUUAAUAAUAAUAUAAAAACAUACGUCAUAAUAAAACCAAUAUAUUCCUGUCUAUGUCAAAUUUCAAUAUAUCGAUUUCUAAUGAUCAUGUGUAUAAUUUCUACCUAUGUUAAUUAAAAAUGAAAGUAUUUAUUUACGCAUUAAAAUAUUAAAUGAUGCAAAAUUGUGUUCAAGAAAUAAUAUACUACAUGAAAAUAAUAUUUUAUAGUUUAAAAAAUUGGUACUUUGUGUUAGGGUAUUAAGUUUAAUACCGCGUAGAAGUAGUUGGGUAUAAAUGAAUGCCACACAUAACAAACAAUAAGUUCGGCGCCACUGUUUCUACGUAUCAAAUUAUUUAUAUCGAUAUACCAUUUAUUCAGAUAACUUAUAAACAAAUGUAUAGGUAGCCAAACUAUUUGAAAAUCAAAAUUUAUUUGAUACCAGUGAUACCAAAUAGUUUGGAUCACUCGAAAAACUUUCGAUUUUUAGAAUAAAUGAUUUUUUUUUCGGUUCUUCCCUACUAAGAAUUUUUAAAUUAUAUUUUUAAGUAACUGCGUACAGUGAUAUUUAUAGUCAACAACGACGAUACGAAUUUACACAGGUUUUUUGUAUACAUUUUAUGACACUGCGUAAAACGUUUAUAACAACCAUUAUUGUUGUUGGCGUCUUGCACGGAUGGGAGGAGAGGUAAUCAAAAAUAAUAAUAUAUAAAUCAAAUUAAACUAAAUACCUACUCGUAUAAUUUCCGUAGUUCUUAUCUGACGUUGAACCUGUUUAAUAAUAAUACACACUAUCAUAAUCAUAGCGUAUAUAGACAUAGUAUAUUGUUAAUUAAAACACAUAAUAAAUAAUUAUUAUUAUUAAUAAGUGUCAAUUAUAAUAGCUUUUAUCAAACAAGAUAGCACAUUUUUCGUUUUUUUUUUCAAUAUUGGUCAGCCGUACCUAGUUCGAUUGAAAGUCUGUACCUACAGUCAGUUAUUUCUAUUCUGUUUUAUUAAUACAUAACCUCUUGAUUUUAUUGCAAUAUAACAUUUGUUUAGAGCUAUACGCGUCGAUCUUCAAUAACAAUUAAUAACAACAACUUAUUUUGGAUACCUGUGUGAAAAGAAAUCGAGAUUACCUUUUAAGCUUUUGUAUUAUUUUCGUAAGUAUAAUAUGAUUAUUGUGUUAUCUAUAUUACGAAAGGCUCAUACUCGUUAUUACAAAAAUGUAUUGAUUCUAAUAAACUAAAUAAUAAUUUGUUUAUACGAGUUGUAUGGUACCGAUUGAGUGUCAAUAAUAAUUCGUUAAUUUGUCGAAUUCACUCGUACUCUUACCUAAUAAUAUGAUAACAUUGAUAACGUUUGAGUGCAGUCGAUUGGUGCUAUAUAAUAGUACACUCUUGCACAACUAUUUAUUAAGAGCAUACUAUGUUCAGUGUUUGUUUAAAAAUUUUAAAAAUACAUACAUAAUUCGACACAAUAACAUGUAAAAUAAUCGUCAAUUGGUCACGGAAAUUUUAAAACAUUUACCAGUAGAACGUAAAUGUAAAAUUAUUAUAAGUACUUGGAACAAAUAUUAAGAGGUAUUCGAGUUAAGUACUUACCUACCUAUAAAACAAUAUGAUAAUAUAUUUAUUUAAUAUUUUCGAUUAGGUAUAUUAUUUGUAUGUUAUUGCAUGUGUGUCUUAAAUAAAUCGAACAAUAUUUGUUUCAAAUACUUAUUGUUGAAUUGUGUUUUUGACGAACUCGUGGCUUGAAUAUAAAAAAAAUCAAAAUGAAAGACUAAUUCUUAAAUCUUAAAUGCAGAAGAAUAUUUUGAUACAGUUUUCGAUCAGACAUAUUUCAUCGAAUGACUAUAUCUAGAACUUUUUAUAAGCAUUUCGUGUUUGGGUGGCCAAUAAACGGUUUUUUGUAUUGAAAUUUUUACGAUUAAAUAUCAUAAAAUGCCAAAUAUAGUGAUAUUAUUGUUUUCUGCAGUCUAUCUACAUUCUACUUGUAUAACGAUUUAUUUAAAAUAAUAUUCUUUUAUGCAGAGAGUUUGAUCAUAAUACUUAAUAAUAUAAUCCCCCUCCCCCAAAGUAUGUAUGUCUCGUAAAAAAGAGGCUAAUUUUGGUACGAAAAAGAAUUUGUCAGCUUCGCCGAAUAAAAAAUUGAUAUCUAAAUGGGUGCUAAGUUUAAGAAAUUAAAAAAAAAAUACUUGAUAAUAAAUGAGUUUAUACUAAUGAAUCAUUUAUAAAUAUAUCAUUUCAAUGAUACAAUAUUAUAAAUAAAACUUAAAACUUCCCAAUUCAAAAACUUAGUAGUAAUAAGAAAGAAAUAUUUUGUUUUUUUUAAUUUUUGGUAUCCACUCAGAUAUCAAGUGUUUUUUUUUUCGGUAAAACUGACAAACUCAAUUUUUCUUUGCCCCAAACUUAACACAUUUUUCACAUUGAGUUUUUUGGUAAGAUUUCAUAAUUUUUGUUUACGAACCUUUAAAAUAAAAUAAUAUUUAGUUAUUAUUACAUCAUUCAUCAAUUUGUCUUGCAAGUGGUUGUAGUAGUGAAAUAAAUAGUGUACUUACGUUAAUACACUUUCCCAUCAUUCAAGACAGUUUCUUAAUAAUUUUUCUCGUACCCAAUUAUCAACUUUAACACUAUCUAUUUGUUCGAAAUUUUAAAGGUCUAACUCGAUUGGAAAUACCCUAGGUUAAUGAUAUUCUAUCAGUCAGUCAAUCAGCGCCCAAAGUUUUAAUUUUUAGAAAUUAUUUUACCUAUAGCCGCAGUGACAUAUAUCCAGGGAUAUUGUUGGGGAGGGGGAGGGACUGAUCAAUUACACAUCACAUUACAAAAAACCAUGACUGUAAAUUGAGUAUUUAAAGAAAAAAAUACCUAAUUAAAACAAUUAUUUCAUUCUUUCUGAAAUUUCGAGGGGGAGGCCUCCUGGAUACGCCAUUGUAUAUAAGUAUCAAGUGUUGAAUACUGCUUAUAGUUGAUAACCUCUUAAGUCCCCCGAUAUAAACACUUUUGCAUCCAAUAUAUAUUUAUUUUUUUUUUUCUAGCUUGUUUACAACUAUUAUUUUGUUUUAUUUUUACCAUUCGAUAAUUCCAGUACACAAUAACAAUAAAUACUAAUUUAAUACGACAACGACUCGAUUAAACGAUUAAACGGGGGAAAUGAUUCGAAAGCAAUAUAACUUUACUGUAUAAAUGGGAUUGAAACUAAUUCACCGGUUUUUUUUUCUUUUUUAUUCUCGGUUUUAAUAAUUGUCUAUACUUACUUAUAUAAUAUUGGUUUAUCGAUCGUUUACUGCCGCCAUAUCAAUUAAUAAAAUAAUACAAUUCCGGCUUAUUGCUCAAUCGUAUAUAGACGGAAAUAAUUAAUUAUAUUAUUUUGAAAACAACCCCAAAAUCUUUUGUCCAUAAAUUAUACUGGUCUUUCUCUCUUUUUUAUCGAUCGUUUUACGUGUUUAUAAAGGGCUUUUAAAUGUUUCAGACACUACAAACACGAUUACGUUGACAAUUUGAAUGUUUUAAUUUUUUUCCAUAGCUCUAAAGGUUUAGAUUAAAUAUCAUUAAGCCGUUCAAAGUUAUAUUUUUAAUAAAACCAUUUUCAGUCAUCUUCAUUUAAGGUACACAAGUAAAACUCACUAACGGUAAUGCAUCACGUGUUGAUUGUACCCGUCCACGCGCUUAUUUAUUUUAUUAACAAUUAUGCGAGUAAUACAAAACAUAAUAUUACUCGUAUUAUCAUAUCUACUAACAAUACAUCCAAGUGUGCGCUUUUGAAAUUAAUAUAAUAAACGUCUAAUAUGAAUGCAACAAUUAAACAAAUUUUUAAAAAAAUACGUACAUACUUCGCACGAUGGGGGAGCCACUGUCGUAGGUGAGAAGUUAGGAAGGUAGGAUAUACAUGAAAAUUAAAUGUGCUAAUUGUACACAACAAUUUAUUAUGCACAAAUAUUUUAAGAGUAAAUAUAAAAAAAGCUAAUUUUGCUGAUAAAUGUGCCACUAUAUUAGGUGAAAAGUUGGGAAGGUAGGAUACAUAAGUAAUUUAUACCUAUAAACAACGGUGAACUAUUGCUAACGAAGUACGAUUCUGAAUGAAGUUCGGUUGUACAAUUGUAAAUAUUUUAAAAUGCCCUAAUUUUUACAGUUUUCGUUAAAAUUUAACAAAAUUUUCUUCCAACUUGUUUAAAAUAAAAACUAAGUACUACAUUAUGCUCAACUUUUUUUUAACCACUAAAUACAACUUAUAAUGAACCUUGUUUGAGAUUUCCAAGCAUUUUUCCUAGUUUAAAUAAUUUUAUCCACAAAGAUUACCGAAUAAAAACUAAAAAAUAUAUAAAAUAGCUAUAAACAGCUCAACAAUGAAUGUUUGGAAAUAUUAACUACGUCUAGAAUAGGCCAAUAUAAGUAUUCUGUGAAAAUUUCAAGUAUUUACGAAUAUUUUUAACCAAAUAAAAAUACAGACAUAUUUCGUUCCACGGUUGAUAGUAAGAAUUUAGGAAUUAAAUAAUAUAUAUGUAAGCAACGAUUAAUCAUUUUUAACAAAAAUCAAUUCUUAACAGAGUUCGAUUAUACAUAUUUUGAAAGGCCUUAUUAUUUACGAUUUUUAUCAAAAUUGUAUACUUAAAUUAUUUUUAAAAAAAAAUCUCCAUUAACCAGAAAGCUUCAUUUUUCAAGUACUAGAUAAAUUUAAUCAGAAAAAAAUAACCUUUAUUUAUCAUUUUAUCGGGUGUUUACCAGUUCGAUAUCGAAAAAUAUCGGUAGCCCUGUCGAAUAUUUUUGGCAUUAAAAAAAUAUAGCAGUUACCCUCAACAAAAUAUAUCAGUUGCUCCCAAUCAAAUAUACCUGUUGCCCCUAAAAAAAUCUCAACGUAUAAAAUAGCACGUAAAAAUAGGACAAUUUUACUCUUUUAAUAAGUAAUGAUUCUCUAUAGUUGGUUAACUAUUUUUAAUAAAAUAAUAAAAUAAAAACAAAAUUAUCAAAAUGGUUAAUACUCUUAAAUAAAUAUAGUAAAUAAACAUAUACAUUUUUUAUUUAUAUAUUUAUUUACUAUAAGUAUUUGUAUUAAUUUUUUGUUUUUUUCGUCACAUGUACCUCCCCUAUUUUAUGCCAAUUGUGGUAUUAUUUUUGUGUAGAUAAUAUGUUGAGGGCAUCGGGUAGAUUAGGUUCAGAGCAACAACUGCAUCCGAGUUCCGUCCCAAUAACCUUUUUAUAUACCAUUUCCGUCCAGAGUGAAAAAUAAGUAUAUACCAAUUCCGUUCCGAUUAAAAAUGUGUAUUUACCAAUUCCGUUCCAAAUAAAAUUGUUCUUAUCAAUAUUAAAAUACAUAAAUAUUAAAUAAAAAAAAUUCAAACGUAGUAUAUACCUUCAUAAAUAAAUAUUUGUUAUUGGAUUAAAUUUAUACAGACAUUUUUCUUAUCAAUGUUAAAAUAUAGAAAAAAUUCAAUUAAUAUUAACGUAUUAAUGUAUACAAAUUCGAUUAUUUAGUGCAAUAACUGAAAGCAAUAUUAUCUUUAUUUCUAAAUAAUAUUAAAUUGUUACCGUAGUCGUAAAUUGUAUACUAUAUUAAUAUAGUGUAUAAAAUGCAAAACAAGACGCGGAACUCGUACAUUCGGGACGGAAUUACUAUAUCCACUUUAAAAACCCGAGCAACUGGUACAUUUUCCUUUAGGUUGAUUGAGGGAAAUUGAUAUAAAAAUAGGUACUUUUGAGGGUAACUGAUACAUGCCCCAUUUUAUUAUAAUAUGACAUAAUAUAUAUAUAUUGUUGACAAAGCAACACUAUCAACUGAACUUCGCUCAGAAUUGUUUUUUCGUUAACAGUGGUUUAUUGUUGCUUACAGAUAUAUAUUAAAUUCCCGUCUGUAUCCUACCUUCCCAACUUUCCACCUACAAAAGUAGCUGCACCCACGUGCGAAGUAUGUCCAUUAUUUUUUCAAUCGAUUUGUCUUCGAGGGGGUCAUCGAUUUGAAGAAAAAUUUAAUUUUUAUUUUCAUCCCCUAAACACAAAAAAAAAAAUAACUAUUUAUUCACUUGAGAAAAUUUUCAAUGUAUCAUACAUUCGUAUCCGAUGAAUAAUUUCUUAGUUAUAGCCUUUUUAAUUAGGCGUGAAAACAAUUAAUUUUCAGUAAAAUAACACGUUAUGCGAUAAGGAAUUCCAAUCGGCACAGUAAUUCUUUACUUUCUAUUGAAUAUUAAUUGUUUUCUCGCCUAUUUUCUAUAAAUUAAAAUGGCUAUAACUAAGAAAUUUUUUUAUUUUAAACAUUUUUCGAAUUUCUUAGGGGUUUUCUCAUCAAAUUUAAAAAACCGUAGAAAAAAAAACGGGAAAAUAUAAGAAAUGUAGGUAUUAGUUAAAAUAUAUUACGGCCUUCUUUUUUUCUGUGAUCAACUUAUCAACCAGCAAUUUUGCUUUAAAUUUUAAUGGUAGUAAUGUUUCUAAAAGGAAAUUUCACUAGAGAGGUAUUUUAGAGAGGUAAUUUUUCAAUUUUUUCAGAUUUCCCAGUAAAUAUGACAAAACAUGGGAAAAACGUGGGAAAAUUGGGAAAAUCGGUAUAACAUUAAACAAAUAUUAUUAAAGAUAAUAUAUAACGCCUAUUUAAUUAUUUUACUAAAAAAUGACAUAAUAUGUUGUUGACUAAGCAUCAACUGAACUUUUUUUGUAAGCAAUGAUUUAUCGUUGCUUACAGGUGUAUAUUAAAUUAUCUAUAACAGUGGCUGAACCCGUCCCCAUUAUCCUAGGACGUCUUUUUUAUAAGUUAAAUGUAUGCAAUACUGAAAACUAUUAAAUUUAAUCAAACCGUUGAAGUUUUGAUGAAGUAUUAAUUUCCUUACCUCGUCCAUCAUCUGCGUAUAAAUGUGAUCUUGUUUAAAUAUUCGAAAUUGAAACAAUUCGAAUUCGAACAACGCUGCCAACAAAAACCAUUACCAGAGAAAAUGUCUUUCGCAUACUUAUUAGUUUUUUGAUAAUAACAUGUCUUGUUAUGUUAUAAUAAUAUUAUAUAAUUCUGACAAUUCUACGUUUUUAGAAUUAUUAAAGUAUAUUGUUAGAAUCAAUAUCACAAUCAAAAUUUAAGAGAUACCUAUUAUGCUAUAUUAAUUUAUUCCUAAGAAGUUCGAUAAAUCAUAUUUCCUACACAUAAACUAUAAUAGAAUAUAUGACUCACGUAUAAAACAAUAUUUACAAAUUAUUAAAUAUUUGUAUGUAUUUAGGAAUAACAAUCAUAGUUUAAACAAUAUUAAUAUCUUUAGUAUAAUAUACUAGGUAUGAUGUAUAUUAUAGAUCAUUGUGAUCCAACCGUGGUAGCGAUUAUAGGUCUUUAUUUCUCACAAUGGUAUUUGAUAUUUUCCGAUAUUUUUUUAUUAUUUUUUGGUUUUAUGUUUUAUGAAAAUCACCUAAAUAUAAGUGUAGGGUAUCGACCGCAUUAGUAUUUUACCUUCUCAUAAAACACAUUAAUUAGCCGUCUCUUUUGGAUUGGAAGGAUUGGUGUUUUCCUCGGUAUUGGGCGGUUUGACCAUUUUGGUUAUAGCUAUCAACGUCCUGAGUGCUCGUUUUCUGAUGACCUCAUCCUUCACCAUUUCUAGGGGGCGGAGGAGCGACAACAAAGUGAGCUCCCGGAUGGCCGGGUCCGUGAGAAUCUUGUUGAACACUUUUUGCGUCUCUUUGUAUAUCAAUGACGAGGUAUUGGUGUCCCGUAUGAUAACCGUAAUCAUCUUGUAUAUCAUGCGCAUCGAGUAGAACGCGAAAUCGUUGGUACCGAUCACAUCAAUAAAGUUGAAUAAUGCCCGAGUCGUGUCCGAGCAUACCUCAUCCGUGCCCAUCACCUUGGCCGUUGCCAACGUAUUUUCCACUAAAGGCAUUGCAUCCUGGGAACUGAGCGCCUUCUCCCAGAUAUUUGACUUAUAUUCUUCGCAGUUGUAAAGUACCCCUGUCUCCUCCUCUUCGGAUACCGACUGCUGGACACUUUUCAAGUCUUCGUACAUCUUAUCUUCCACAUCGGAAUCGGAUACCGUCUUCGGGAUGGGCUUGGACUUUUUGCAACUCGCUUCCUGUGCACACGUGACUUACGGUUAUUAUUGGUUCCAUAUUAUAUAACAUAAUAAUAUAUGGUACCUGACAAAGUUGAAAAAUAUGUGGGAAGCUUAUGAGUAAGAAACUACAAAAAAUUGAUAUUGGUAAGAGACAAAUGGAACGAAGUGUGAUGCAGCCUUGGACCUAAAUGGCCCAAAAACUGAAAGAAGAAAAAUAUUCGAUACAUUUACUGUUAAUCUUAACUAGCAGGCUGUAAUGUAUAUUCCAGACAGGAGUGGAUUUAAUCCUCAUUGAAUAUUAAGGGAUGGUGACAAUAUUUACUAGUGAAACACACAAAAAAAAUAUGAGGUGGUUAUGCAAUUUGGAAAACAAAUUACACAAACGUUUUUACAGAAUACAUUUAAAAAUACCAUAAAUGCAAAUUAUAUUAUUAUUCUACCGAAAACAUAAAUGUGAAAAAUAAUAUUGACAAUUUUUGUCAAAAUUUGAUUUUAACUCUUAUAAAAAUAUCCAAAUAUAUUACCUACAUUACAAUCAAUUUUUUUGCUGAUCACUAAGUGCGACUUAUAAUGAACCUUCCUAGCUACGCUUCCGAAUCUAAAAUUGAAAAUAAUUAAACUGUUAUUUCCGUAAAUUCCCUUUUGUCUUACUUUCUACUUUCUAAAAGCGAAAUUAAAUAGAUAAAAUAAAUUCAAUUUUACGUGGUGUACCCCUGUUUUCUCCCCAUUUUCUCGGCCCUUCAAAACUAAAAUAACCAUCUUUUUAUUCAUCCGUGUCACCAUCUAGUGAGAUUUUUGUUCUCAAAUUAUCAAGUGCGAUCCUAAAAAGGGUUUAGGAAUUAAAUUUCGGAAAUCCGACUUCAAUAUAUGUAGUACACGGACCGUCGGACCUGUUCAUUCGCUUCUAGGGAUGUAAAUAUUGUCAGACCUUCGCACGUGAUUGAUUCGGUCAUAGAUCAAGCACAAGCACAAAAACAUUUACUUUUAUAUCAAUGGAUAAAUGCGCAGUUGCCCAAAUUGUCAUUCAUACUUCACGGCUGUACGCAUUAUUAUUAUACAAUAGUUUUUUUUUUAUUAUUAUCAUUUACCUGUAAUGUCAAGCACAAUAUUACCACGAUGAUAGCGUAAAGUUUGAAACCUCUCAUGGUGUGUAUUUAUAUAAAAAAAAAUUAAAAAAAUUAAAUUAUAUCUUAUAACUCUAUUUAUAUAAUAUUUACACUCACAGGUACGACGAGAAAUAUAACAAAUUCAGAUGAAAAAAUUACUCAGUUUUAUACCCAUCUUGCAAAAACGGUAUCGCCGCAAGUGUUCCGAACAUAUGUUUCGGCGGACAAAUUAUAUUGGAGAAAAAAAAAUAAAAUUAUUACCUGUACGUAUUUUAAACAAAUAAGCGUCAACCUGCGGCAUUUAAAUGCUUUAUUAUUACGCGUUUUUUUGAAAAAAAAAAAAAACCUAAAUAUAUUAUUGGGAAAAUUGGAAAAAUAUUGCUCCGCACAUCUGCGGGUAAUAACGUAGUAGGUAUAUAAGUGUAUUAUAGUUACGCGAAAUUAUUAGACGAAAUAAAUACCAACACCUAUUCAUCGCGAUUUUGACGAAGCCGAAAACCGAAAAUACUGUGUAUACCUGCCGUUAAAUUAUACAAUAAUAUUGUUUUAUUUUAUCAUCGUUCGCGUGUUUUUAAGACCACAUCACAUAAGUUUUUGUUCACUUGAAACGGAUUAUUGAUAAUAUCCCCGAUAAAUAAACGCGACACGAGACUAAUAUUAUAUUUUUCGAUUAUUAUCGUAUCGUAUUCUGUUCCCCAGUUUAAUAUAUUAUUAUUAUUAUAAUUGGGAUUAUGAAUUUAAUGUACUUGCGUGUUUUUUUCUUUUCGUUUUAGUUUAAAGUAUAACACUUUUAUAGUUUCGACGAAACCGUUCCAUUUUUACAGUCAGAUAAAUUGCCCAAGUCAAGUAUUAUUGAAUCGCGCAUUCAUGCCUAUACAAUUUUAGAUACCUAUUGUCCAGCUUAAAAAUAUGUAAAUAUUUAAAACAAAAAUUAAAUAGUAAAUAAUUUUUUUUGCAUAUUUUUGAAACUAAAUGCGUGUUUUUAAAUAACUUAAGAAUUUUAAAAGUAUAUUUCGUAAAUUAUUUUUAAAAUGCGCAUUUGACUAAACAUUAUAUAAAUAAAGGUUCGACCUGCUGAUUAUAUAUAGUCACUUUCGAGAAAACUGCAAAAUUUGCAACCAUGAUAGACACUAUAUCGUAUAAACUGUCGGCAUAAAGUCGUUUUUUGAUUUCCCUAGUAGUUUUUUUAAUAAUUGAGCAAAACCGAAAAAAAUCGUAGAAAAAACGGGAAAAUUCACAAAAUAGUACUUUUAUUAUUUUAAAUUUUGUUUUUAAUGUAAUUCAAUUUAGUUUUGACAAAAAAUUUGUGUUUCUUUCUAGACGUGGUAAAAUGUUUGAACUGUUAUAAGACAUUUUAAUUUUGAAAGUUUUUUACGUAAUUUUUACUUGGUAAUUACUCCGUGAAUAGAAUGAUUAAACUAAAUAAGAAUGAUUGAAAAUUUAACAGAAAGUUUAUUAUGCACCAUACUUGGUGGUCAAAAAUAAAAAUGAGUGUAAUCUAGUAUUUUUAUUUUUUUAUAAAACUUUAGAACAAAUUUUAACGAAAAUCGUAAAUAUUUAUGGUUUUUUCAAAACAUGUAUAAUUGAACUUUUACAAAUCGUCGUUCAUUACCGAUUUAUCAUUACUUCCAGAUAUAAAUUAAAUAACUUUAUGUAUCCUCCUUUCCUAACUUCCCACCUAAAACAGUAGUUUCCAGUCCUCAAUAUGAGCUUUUUUUUUUAUUUAUAUAUUAUAAUCAUUUGUACAAAUUUUACAAUAGUAGUAAAUAAGUUAAACAAAAUUUGUUAGGGUUUUUGCGAUACCUAUACCUAAUUCAUAAUUCUUUUCAUUUAUUUGCAAUGUUACACAAAUUUUAAUUACUAUCCGCCAUAUGUUUUGUAUCGCAUUGGAAAAAAAAACCACAUAAAUUAUAAUAUAUUUGUUUUUGUAAUUUUCAUUAAUUUUACAAAAACAAAAUAUUUUUAUACGUAGUUUUACAUAACUCACUCGUAUAUAUAUUUUUAUAUUCGGUGGUGCAACAAGACGAAUAUUGUUCAGUCAUGCGUAUCAAAUAAUAAACACAUGUCUAUAGGUAUACUUAAGUAAUACUUACUUAUUAUCAAUUGGUAUUAGGUACCUUGCUCUAACUUUCAAGUGUAGUACCUUUUCUGAAAGGAAAUUUUAUUUGGGCUGUUUUCAUAAUAAUGUUAGGAAAAUCCAGGAAAAAACGUAUAGGAAAAACAGGAAAAUGUAUGAAAUACAUUAUUUUCAAUUUUGUUAUUUGUUGCGAUUCAGUGAAAAUAUUCGAAAGGACUUGAAAUUUAUAUUUAUUUUUUCUAGACGUGGUAAAAUGUUCAAAGCAUAUUAGCCAUUUUUGAGCUAUUUAUAGAUAUUCUAAUUUUUCUAGUUUUUUCUCGUAAUUUUUAUUGGAUAGGUAUUUGGGGAUUAAAUUGUUAGACCAAACAGAAAUGCUUCAAAAUUUAAUACAAGGUUCAGGAUAAGUCAUAUCUACUUUGAGGACAAAAAAAAUUCAAUGUGAUGUAAAAAUGUUUUAUAAGAUUUUUAAUAUCAAAUUUUGACGAAAAUUGUAAAUAUCACGACCUUUCAAAACAUGUAUAACUAAAUUCCACUCAGAAUAGUUUUUCAUUGGCAAUGGUUUAUCGUUGCCUACUUCCCACCUAAUAUAGUGACCAUAGACGCCCGCAGGAAAAUUAUUAGGGAAGGGCAGUGGCAGUGUCUUAGUAAAGUUUCAAAUGACCAUAUUUUUUUUUUUUUACUUAUAACCCUAAAUAAGAAGAGGGGCAUAAUAAAAUCAAAUAUCAAUAAAUUAUAUAAAUUAUUUAAUAGUCAAAAUUUUAAAAUCCAGGGGGGCGAUGCCCCUUUUACCCCCUACCCCCUAUGGGCGCCCUUGAUUGGAGCACACCUAUCAGUUGUAUCAGCUCUUUUUUACUGUAUUGUGUAUUGGUAUUCUUAUUAAAAAUAAGAGAACGACUUUUUGUUUCAUUGUAACUGUUUUAUAAGACCAUUUUCACAUUCUAAAACGAUAACGCUGACAUAAUAAACCUAUUAUAUGUAUAGGAAAGCCUAAAUGAUAUUCAGGUUCAAAUAUUCAACCUACAUUUGAGUAAAUUGAGUAGCAUUUUAACAUGUAGAUAAACCGAGGCCCAUUUGAAAAAUAACACUUACAUAUUACCUACCCUUAAUGGUGCCGGUAUAAUGUACUUAUUAUAUACUGUUAACGAUCGAAAGUUCCACCCACAAAUUUCAUAAACGAGCAUGUUAUAUUAGUUUUUUAAAUUUGUAUUCUAAUAAUUAUCGUAUAAUACCAUUUUUUAUCACGCGAAAAUAAUAAUCAGAAUACACGGAAAUUAACCAAAAUUAACUUACAGCAUAAAUAAAAUUACAUUAAAUGGAAGGAACUAGAACAAAGAGCAUGUACUGAAAAUGUUAAAAAAUUAAAAAGAAAAAUGGUACAAAAUUUUAAAAUUAAUUGUAGAUACGACUAUGGUUUUCAGAAAAAAAAUCUUGCUCUUAGAAGUAAUUAAGAAAAUAUCUCACUUUUAAAAAAAAUCUUUGAUCUGAUUUUACUUAUUAUUCAUUGUAAUCCGAUUUUAAAAGAACAUUUAACAUCACUUAAUAAGUGGAUAUCUAAAAUCAAUUACUACCCAACAACUAUACAAAAUUAAUUAUUUAUAUGAUAAAACUAAAAUUCUAGAAAAAUUAAAAAAAAAAAAAGUAAAUAUUAUGCUAUAUUAUUUGAUACUCUGGAUUUUUUACAAACCUUUAUCACAAAUUAUAAGAUAUGUAUAAAAAUAAUGAAGUAAUAAAACUAAUGAAGUACCUAAUAUUUUAAGAAAGUUGUAUGGAUUUUAUAGAAACAUAAGAAAAAGUUGAAACUAGUUUGGCUUUAAAUAUUAUCGAUCAAUUUAUAUUUAUAUUGAUUUAAUAUUAUUAUUAAGUUAUUAAAUUUAUUUAUAUUCAUUAAAUUAUAUUAAUAUGUAUUUAUAUUUGUAUUAAUUUACUUGUGGCUGGCUUGGAUAUAAAUAAUUGUUGAGGUCAGGGUUUUGAUAACGGAGCAAAUAUGACAGAGGAAAUUAUAGGCGUUCAGGCAAACAUAACUAAACAUAAACUAAAUGAGUUAGCAAUUUUUAUACCUUGUACAGCCAAUAGUUUAACUUCAUGUAUUCUACCUUUAUAAUUUGUUUUUUAAUAUCAACAUUAGUCAGUGAUUAUAAUCAGUUAUAUCAUAAAAUAAUGAAACGACUUUAUUUAUUUGAAAUGUCAAUAUCGAAUAUUUCUUUUUCUUAGAAGAUUAAUAAAUAAUAUGAAUAAAAAUUGAAUUUAAAUUAUUCUUGUAUGUUACCUAAACAAAAAGUUUCAUGUAAAUUUGAUUGGAGGGAGGGAAAAAAUAAUGUAACCAUAUUCUUAUAUUUUACCUAAUAGUUUGCCGUUCCUGGCCCCUACUCCAGCGCUACUGAAUAUUCAGUUUUUUUAAGUUUUUUUUGUAAAUCCAAUUUUGGUGUAUUUUAUUCAACAUACAUAUGAUGUAUUAUAAACGAAUACAAAUUUAACAUAAUAAUUAUAAUAGUCAGCGACGAGUUCAUCUCCAUACCGAACUCCGAAUUGGGUCGAACCGCGAUUUCGGUAUACACCUAGCAAAUUAUUAAGAUUAUAAUAAUAAUAUAAUGCGGUUCACGCGGUUAGUUACUACUUAGGAGUACGUGGUUCUGCGUGCAUACGCCGUGUCGGAGUGGUAAUUUAUAGGUCAACUAUUAACAGUGUAAAUAAUAUAUAAAAAAAAAAAAACAAUAGUUUAAAAUAUAAAAUACACGGGUUUAAUAACUGUUGAAAUUUAUUUUUUGACGGAAGUAAAACAUAUAUACCUAUAGGUAGUAAAAUGACGAUAACACGAUCGCAUGCGCAUUGUGUAAUUAGGCAUAUAUAUUACAAUUAUAACAAUAAUAUUUAAAUACCUAUCGGCUUGUAACACGCAUAACUGCGCGAGUAAAUUAGCCGUUAGGUAUACAAGUGUCUGAUUACAAAACUAUAAGUCCCAAUAUAAGUACUCGUACAGUAUAUAUUAUUAUUAAAUAUUGACGUCAUGUGAAAUCGUGCAAGGGAUUCUAUUCAAUAAUCCAAGGGGAGAGAUAAGCAAUGUAUUAUUUUAGAUUAUAAGUGUAUUAAUAUUUUCUUCUCGGAAAAAAAAUUUUCGCCUAGUAAAAACUCGGCUAAUACAACUAACACCACUCCGUUCAGAACUAUCUUUUUUUUGGUUUACAAUGGUUUAUCGUUGCAUAAAGUAUACAAAAUAAAUUAUCCUGUAUAAUAUCCUACCUUCUUAAUUUUUUAUGUCAAUAUGCAAGUACGGAACAUUCAGAGAAUUACUCUGGACAGGUGGGUGCUAUACCACGGGUCAGGUCAUAAUAUAAUUUACUCGAGCGAGGAACAAUUAGAUAUUAUUGAGACCGGUAGUUAGUAUCCACUUGAAGAACGAACAAGUAGGUAGGUAUCUCCUUCCCUCGGAUCCCGAGGCUGGAAAAAAAACCAGCUGUAUGUAAACUGCGGCAAAAACACAUUUAACAUUAUACAAACUGCAGCAAUUUAUUUCAUUUACUUAUUAGGUAUACACCUAUAUACAUACCGAUAAGAUAAUCAUUGAUCGAUAACGUUUUUACGCUACCUUGUAACAUGUACGUAUUAUUAUGUAGGUUCCCUAUCGUCACAUAUAAAACCGAAUAAUGACUAACGAAGUAACGACACACAUUUUCAUUUUAUCGGUGCGCACAUAGUCAAUUGAGUUUUUUGAACAAAUGGGUGAAUAUAAAAAUAAAAAAACAAUUUUAAAAUUAUGAAAUAAAAAAAAACUUUAUCAUUUAACUAAUAUUAAAAACUGUUAUCAUAUAAUCCAAAAAAAAUAAAUUACAUAAUAUACUAAUUUAAUACAUUUUCGUUUAUCGUAUCGGUAUAUAUAAUAGUUAAUUAUAUAUAAACUUAUAUUUAUAUACUCAUAAUUAAUAAUAACUAAUAAGUAUAAAAAAUAAAUUGCCGCGGUUUGUAUAAUGUACCUUAUCGGUUUGGCCAUAGGUUGUAUAGAGUUAAAUUUGUUUUUGCCGCAGUUCACAUGUCGACUUGUACAAAAAAGGAAACUUGUACACAGUUUACUACUUCCCGGAAGAACCGCGAAAACACUGCAUCAGCCGGUUAUUAUUGCACGAGUUCAAGUAUAUAGGUACCUAAUAAUAUACCUGACCUGCAUAAUUCCGGUUUGUCUUUCGACACGUAGCACGAUCGAUACGAUCGUUGGCGUGUUGAGAUUAUUUAUACGAUUGAAUAACAGGGAUUAGGUUUUUUUUCUCGUCCGACGUUGUAUAUUUGUAUUCUCCUUUUUUAUUUAGAUACAAUGUAUUUCGUUGGUGUGGACGUCGGGACGGGAAGCGUUCGGGCGGCGUUGGUAGACGAUACGGGAAGAAUUUUAAAAAAAUCAACUAGUGACAUAAAAACGUGGAAUCCUGAACCAGAUUUCUAUCAACAAUCGUCCGAUGACAUAUGGCGAUGUUGCUGUAAAGUCAUACGGGUUAGAAGCGUAUUAAUAUUUUAAAUUACAUGAUAUAUAGAAAAAAACCGCAGUAGUAUAAGAGCUUAAAGAUUUGUUUUUAUUGUUAUUGUUUUUCCGUCGUUUACUCAGGAAGUCACCGGUGAUGUACCUUCGUCGGCAAUCGGAGGUGUUGGAUUCGACGGCACGUGUUCUCUGGUCGCUGUGGACGCAAACGGACUUCCGAUAUCGGUGAGCAAAAAUGGUAAGAAUAUUAUCAUCUGUUGUCGGUGACAUCUUUUUUUUAGGCGUCGACGUAUAAAGUAAUAAUAAUAUAUAAUAUAUAGAAGAACAAGAACAAAACAUAAUACUGUGGAUGGACCAUAGAGCUCAUAAAGAAACGGAAUUCAUUAAUUCUACAAACCACCGGGUUUUGAAGUUUGUGGGCGGUAAAAUAUCAUUGGAAAUGGAAACGCCCAAACUGCUUUGGUUGAAAAAUAACCUGCCAAAAGAAACGUUUUGGCACAGAGUCGGUCAGUUUUUCGACUUACCCGACUUCCUGACGUGGAGAGCCACGGGCUCCUCAAGCAGGUUAGUAUAAACCUGGUUAUGCAUAUACUGUAUAUCUAAAAUAAAAAUAUUAUAUUGUUUUAUGUUAUGAAUUUUAAUCUUAGAUCACUGAUCCACAUAAAAAAAAAUAAUGUAUCCUUAUAAAUCAUAAGAAUUGUAACAUACGACAUUUUAAAAAAAUCAUAAAAUAAAAUAUAGUUUUGGAUUUUGAACUCAGCGAGGGAUGUAUCGAUUUUAGUAUAAUGUACCUAUGUUUUUCGUUUUUAAUUUUUUUUUUUUUUUGUGUGUGUCUGUUAAGAAAUUUCUAGCAUAAAUAUUGCUUUGAUUGACAUCAAUUUAGCAUCUUUUCUGAAAACAAAUUUUAUCUAUAAUUGGUGCAUUGAAGAAAUUAUUUAUCGAUUUUCCUUGUAGUUUUCUUAAUAAUUGGAAAUAACUACUUCAUUAUUUUUGAUUUUGUUUAGAUUCUGAGCUAAGUAAAUUUCAUGAUUUUACAAUGAUGAUUUUUUUUUCUGUGAACAACUUUUCUGCCAGAAAUUUUGUUCUGAUUUACAAGUGUAACACAUUUACUAUAAAACUUAAGUAGUACUUUAAGAAGGUCAUGUUUUGAUUUUCUCAGUGGUUUUCAUAAUAAAUGGGAAAAAACGUAGGAAAAACGGGAAAAUGUACAAAAUGUAUUAUUUUAAAAUCGAUAAUAUUACAGCCUUUCCAGACAUAUGUAUAACCAAACUCCGCUCAGAAUCGUUUUUCAUUUAAAAUAAUUAAUCUAAUUAAUCAUUGUGAUAUACAUUAAAUUCCCCUCUACCUUUUCAACUUCGCACCUAUUACAGUAUCCUACUCAUUGUGCGAAGUAUGUCUAUUUGUUUUUGUUUUUUUGUUUUUUGUUUUUGUGUGAUUAAAAAUAAUUGUAUUUAGAGAUCUGGAAUUUUCACCGAAAACUUACAUUAGUCUUUUAUAGACGGGGUAAAAUUUUCAAAAUAUUCUCGCGAUUUUUGAGCUAUUUAUAAGCAUUUAAAAUUUUUAUUUGAUUUAAUGUGGAUAAAAUUGUUUUUUAUUUUGACAGGUCGCUUUGUACGGUUGACUGUAAAUGGACGUUCUGCAACAAGGGAAAUGUGACGGAUGGUUGGGAUAACACGUACUUCGAGGAAAUCGGCCUCGGUGACCUAAGUCGAAACGACUGGACCACAAUAGGUGAGUAAUAUAUUAUAAACUAUAGUAUAGGUAUUUAUUAUUACAUAGUGAUUGCAUGUCGAAAUAAGGUAUAUAGUAAUUUUUUUAAUAAAAAACUAAAUGUUUUCCUCCGAAGGCAACCAAAUUUUAGAACCCGGGCAGCCGUGUGGCACAGGGCUAACCGCCAGAGCGGCACAAGAGAUGGGACUGGCCGUCGGGACACCGGUGGGCACAGCUUUGAUAGAUGCGCACGCCGGAUGUUUGGGAAUGAUCGGAAUAGGUCUGAAAAACCCAGUAGACUUCAAAAACCGAUUAGGUGAGCUGGUUAAAUUCAUUCCUAAGUAUAAUAAGUUGUUAUAAGAUGUUUUAAUAUGAUAAAAAUAUAUCGACCAAAUUUUAACGAAUUUCAUAAAGAGGACAUUUCUUUAUGAAAUGUAAAAACCUGAUAAAAUUAAUUCAGACUAAUAAAAAGGUAGUAACAUUUAGAUAAUAGUAAACUAAGUUAAGUAAGUUAUUAUUACAUGUUUACAACGGAAAAAAAAAAUCAUUUUUCCAACUAAAAAUAUAUAAAUAUAUAAUUUUGUUAUCGGUUGCUGGAAUCCAAUUAUAAAUAUUACGAUUAUUCUUGUUGAUUAAAAUCAAUCAAUUUCACAUAAAACAAAUUCGGACAAAAAUCUAAAGGAAUUAAAACUACGAUUGUUCAUUCAACUCAGUGUUUCUUAACCCUUUUGAUAGUGUAGACAACUUUCGAAAAGUCACCGACCAACUUGAUUUGAGUGACGACUUUUUCGUUUUGAUUUAUGUAAACAAAAAUUAUUACUUUUAUUCGCGGAUUCACAUUUACUAUAGAUUACUAUUAUAAUUUAUAAUGUUAACUUAGUGCAAUUUUCGUGCUAGACUUUUCUCAUCGAGGUUUUAAAUGAUUCUAAGACGGAUAGUGUUGCUCAGAACUGUCGUUACUUGCAUCCAAUCCUAUUCCUCUGAUUAUUUUUUUGCCAUUAUGGAAAUACUCGAAAAUCCUUGCUCGCCCAAAUAUAUUGUAGAAAAUAUAAGAAGAUAUCGUAUAAAAGCUGAAAUAUUCCCCGGAAUUAAAUAUGUAAUAUUGCUUAAAGUGUGAUCUUUUACUUCACUGAAUUUGAUUUUUUUUUUCGUGUAAACAACAAAAAAAUUUUAAAAAAAUUCCCGUGGACCAAUAAUGACAGAUCCACACACCACCAAUUGGGAGAACUGAUUAAAUUUAACACUCUAACGGAGCAUAUACAUUUGCCUCUUCAUUUGCAAUCAAUAAUAAUUUAAUUUUAAUGAUUUAACUUGCGGAACGUUUAUUCAACCAAAAAACACAUUUCAUUUAUUUCCUAAUAUUUAAGUAGUUUGGGAUUUGUUUUUAUUUUAUAUUUGAAUGCAAUUCGUUUGUGCUCGUGGUGAUGAAUAAAUAAACAAUUUGUUUCGAAGAAAUCGCUUUUUUCUUAUAUAUAGGUACGUACCUAAUUUAUAGUAUGCUUGCUCGGCGAAGGACAUUUUAUUUUUAUUGUUCUGCUCAAAUUUCGUUUUUAUGGACGUUUUUUAUGUCAAUGAACUUAUGGUUCGGAGUAAUAGUUUAAUAUCGGAUAUCCGGAAUUGUGUAAAAAAAAGUUACGUAAAUACGUGAACAGAAUAUACGUUUUUUACCUAUCGGAUAUUUAAAUGAGAUUUGUUUUUUUUAAUGUAUAAAAUAAAUUGUGGAUAAUCGUAAAAUGAGUAUUAUAUUUAAUAAGAUGUGUAGGUACAAUGGAAAAACAAAACAAAAAGCAUCGAUGUGAUGGUAAGAAAUUUCCAAAAUUGAUCAUAUCUCGCUACAGAAUAAUAUUAUUAUUGUAAAUUUAUUGUAAAUAAGUUAUCUAAGAUAACAUAACCGACACGAACAUUCGAAUCGAAAAUGCACCGUGGUUCAGUUCAAAAGUGAAAUUCAGAACACUCUACAGAGUAUAGACGGUCAAACAGAGAGAUAAAACGUAAUAAUUUAUAAUAAUAGUUAUUCAGUUAAUGAUGGUAAUUUAUAACGUAAUAAUAUUAUAUUAGACUGUAGAACUAUAAUCGCAAAUAUUGCUGAUCUUAAACUCUUUUAAAUUAUAAUAUUGGUUAUACAGAGUGAUUUACUAAGCGUGCUUACCCCAUUUGUUUGGAUAAAUUGUUCAUGUAUUCAAAUUCUGAUUUUUGGAACUUUUAAUUGUAAUUAAAGCCAAUAUUUUCGAAUACUUAUUUUGCACAGAAUUUAAGGAGUAUUCUAUGGUGAUACCAAUUUUGAUUUUUCAAAUGAGAACUUAUAUUAAAAAUGUCAUCAUAAUUAAUAGGCGGAGUAUUACUUUAAAUAAAUUUCGGUGUCAACCUAACCUGACCUAACCUGCUGAGACCCGUAGCUUUUACAAAAUAGCCUUUUGUUUACGUUGUAAAGUAUUCAAAACAUUUUAACUAUUUUUAGAUUAUUCAUAGGUAUUUUCGUGAUUUUAUAUGACUUGAGAAAAAUGCUUGAAAAUUUAACACAAGGUACAAUGUUGUAUUUAGUGAUCUAAAAAACAAAUUUAAAAUUAAAUUGUUUUAAGAUCAAAUUUUGACGAAAAUUUCAAAAUAUGUUUUACUUCGCUUUGUUUCACAAUCGUUUUUUGUUAGCAUUAGUUUAUCGUUGCGUACAGAUAUAAAUUUAAUUAUUCUCUAUGUUCUACCUUCCCAACUUCCCACCUACAACAGUGGCUGCACCCGUCCCCAGUAUCAGCUAUUUUUUUUUAAAUUCUAACUAUUAUUAUUGUGUGUUAUAUAUAAUACAGUGAUGAUCGGAGGCACGUCCACAUGUCAUUUAUUACUCACUGACAGGAUGAUAUUCGCGGAAGGUAUCUGGGGACCUUACUUCGGGGCUGUGUUACCAGAUAUGUGGCUGUUGGAAGGAGGCCAGUCCGCCACGGGCAAGCUCAUUGACCACGUCAUUAGCACACACCCGGCCGCGGGAAAUCUGGACGUUCCGGACGGCUCGUGAGUAUCGUAUUUAUUUUUUUGUUCAUAAACCUUUUUAUUUGUUUGUACCUAUUGAAUAGGAGAGUGGAAGAAUUUCUCAAUGAGUUGCUUAAUAAAAUGGCCACGGACAGGGGACUGGAUUCAAUUGACAUGCUAACAGAAGAAUUUCACGUGUAUCCUGAUUUUCACGGAAAUCGAUCACCCGUGGCCGAUCCCACGCUUAGAGGAUCGGUAAUACGCAAUGGCUACGUUUUAUUAGUCGGCGGAUAAACUAUUAUAAUAUUAAAAAUAUAUCAUUACAAAUUUCAAAAUAUAACACAACUAGUAAUGGGUACCUAUACAAAAAACAGUUGGACUAGUUUAAACAAAGUUUAGUGGAAGGCACGGGCACCCAUAAAAUCAUUUUCAGGGGAGAAACAAAUUGGAACUUGUUUCCAAACACAUAUUUAAAGACUAUUGUUUACAUUAAUUUAAUAGAUUAAUAUAGAAACACCAGACCUGUAAGAAAUUGUAUAGAGUUACUGUAUAAUAGGUCCAUUGGGAGAGUGUCAAUUGGUAUCCAUGGUAAAAAGACCAGAUUGAUAAGGAGGUGGCUGGCAAAAAAAAUUAUUUCCAAUUUUCCUAAUUUUAAUACAAUAAUGAUAAAUAAAUAUAUAUAUUUAUUUAUAUUGAUAUUGCAGGUCAUUCCAUUUUGUUUUCUAUAUUUUACAAUUUGGCUGAUACGGGUAGUUUAAGUUUAUAUAGUUUUGCCUUCAUUCUCUAUAAUCCCUCUCCGAUGUGGAUACUUAUUUUUCUAGUUUUUCACUUGAAAUCAAUAAACUUAUAGGUUUUAUAUUGUAUAAUAUGUGCAGGUAUUUUUCAGAUGGUCGGGUUAACGCUAUCCGCUGACCGAGAGAACUUGGCACUGAUCUAUUUGGCCACUAUACAAGCCUUGUGUGUAAGUACUUUUCCUCCUCAAUAAAUUCAAAUAGAAUAAAAAAAAAAAAGUUUAAAUACCACAAAAUAUGCAAAAUAUGUCUUCUUUAAUUCAGUCUUGUUUUGAGUUACAUGCGAGUAACAUAUAAUAGAAAUUCAUUAGAUACCUACAGCACCAUUAGUAAUAUAGACAAUAUAAGUAUGCUUAAUAUUUAUACUAUAUUUUACAGAACCUAUUGGACCUAUAGGUUUCAUUGAUAGGGCAAAUAAACUUGUAGAAUUGAAAAAUAUUGAACCUCCUAUGUAUAUUCAUUGUAUUAUUCAUCAGCAAGCUCUUAAUGGAAAAGUUAUAGGUCUCGAAAAUGUUAUGUCUGUUGUAAUAAAAGCUGUUAAUUUUUUAAAAUCUUAUGGCCUUACUCAUAGACAAUUUCAGAGUUUUCUUUUUGAAAUAGAAGCAGAGUACAGUGAUGAGGCAUACCAUAAUCAUGUUCGAUGGUUAAGUCGAGGAAAGGUUUUGAAAAAAAUGUUUAAUCAACGAGAGGAAAUUAAAAUGUUCAUGAUUAACAAGGGGAAAAAAAUUUUGAACUUAAAGAUGAUAAUUGACUGUGGAAUUUAACAUUUCUUAUAGAUAUAAUAACACAUUUAAAAUUACAAAGACCUGGAAAACUCAUAUUUGACAUACAUAAUUCUUUUAAAGCAUUUGAUGCAAAAUUAAAAUUAUUUAAUAAUCAAAUUUAGCGAAGUGACUUCAAUUAUUUUGAAAGCUGCCAAAUAUUUAAAAAUAAAACAAAAUCGUUUUGUUCAACAAAUCGAUUUAUAGAAAUGUUAAACAAAUUGCAAACCGAUUUUUCAUCUCGAUUUUCAGACGUUAAACUACAGGAAAAAUCGUUGCGUUUAUUUGAAAAUCCACUUAAUAUUGAUGAAAAUUAUGUUGCUAAUUCUCUUCAACUUGAACUUAUUAAAACAAAUUAAUUUUACUGUGAUGAAUUUCAUAAAAUGAAAAAACGAUAUUUUAAAAUUGUAUUCUCAACUUUCACACGAAGAUUUUCUUACUUUAAGAAACGUUAUGAUGAAAAUGGCAACUGUAUAUGGCUUGAUGUAUUUAUGUGAACAAUAGAUUAUACUAUAACCUAAUCCCUUUAACAUUUUUUAACGACAUUUUUUCGAUUUCAUUUUUAUUGUCUAUACAAUUGCAAAAAAUAUUAUUUUAAAAAUAAGCAAACUAAAAUGAUUGAUGUUUUAUAUUAAUAUGAUUGAUAUUAUUUUUAAUUGUGCAUAUUUUUCUAUUCGAUUUCAAAUAAUUUGUUCUAAUAAACGUAAUAACUUAUGCAACUACAUAUCAAUUAUUAUAGAUCCAUUCCCUUAUUUAUUAUUACUAUUCCAAUAAUACUAUUAUGUACCUAAACUAUACUAUGAUUUAGGAAUGUAUAGACGAGUCUUUUUCUUCAUAGAUAGAUGUUAGAAAAAUGACACAUUACAAAUAAUUGACUUCAAUAUUAUUAGCCUAUACAUAUGUGUCGCAUGCAUACAUACAAAAUUCGAUUUUAAAUUGAUAAUAUUGUUUUUUAUUAUAAUAUAAAUUCUUAAAAUUUUAACCGCCAUCAAAGUGUUUUUUGUUUAGACUGAAUAAAAUCGAUCGAAAAUUAAACGACCAAUAGUAACAUUAUACUAAACAAAAAAAAUUAGAACUGUUAGAUCCGAUAAAUUAUCAAAAUAUCUGGGGAGGCGAGAGAAUGGCGAGAGUUUUUCUCGGGAGGUUAACUCCCCUCAGCUAAGUCUCUUUUAUCCCCCUUCCAAAACCCCUAUGAAACCACGUGCACACGACACUGCGUCUUAUUUAUCGGUACCGCGUUUCAGUACGGUACCAAACACAUUAUAGAGUCCGUGGAAAAGUGCGACUCCGUGGAGGUGCGGGAAAUCUUGAUGUGCGGCGGGCUCAGUCGUAACCCGAUAUUCGUGCGGACACAGGCCAAUGUCGCGGGCCUUCCGGUGCGCUCGUCCACCGGCGAAGACCCGGUGCUGGUCGGCGCGGCCAUGUUGGCCGCGGCCGCCGGACGCCGUCAAAAGCUUAACGAAGCCGCUAUCACGAUGGCCGGCGAUUCGCGCACAGUACAACCGUCGCAGCGUCUCAACACGUACGUAUACUAAAAGGCUCAGUCAGAUCAGAGCGGUAAUAACGGUAACUGCAGUGGCAGCGAAAACUCGUGGUCGGGUUCACACUAGGAUACUAGAUAGUACUCGCCACUCGGCCGUGUUACCAAAGCAAGUUGCUAAUUUGUUCCCGUUUAUUGUGUCGUUAAUUUUGUUCAAUGCGGCGAUUUUCGUUGAGCCACUAGAAAACGGUUCUGUUCUCACGGCUGAGUUUGACAUGAUAUUAUACGUCUUGUUCUCGUAUACCUAGUAAACCGACGAAGGCAUCACUGGCGUUGCAGAUUAGUAAAAUCUCGAUCAUAAUAUCUUAUCAAUGAAUUACCACUGUCAGUGGCAUAUCCGGGAUAAGGAGCUUGAGCAAUGGAGGGGCCCUCCCAUUAGUCGUGUUAAAUACAAAACAAAUAAUAAAAAAAAACUAUUUUGCAUUCAAAAAUUAUCUAUAGAAUCACGUUCGAUUUAUGUUGGCUUUUUAUAAAAAUCUACAAAUCGUCGAAGACUAAAUAGUUGUGCGAUAAAACGCUUGUGAUAUGCGCCCGCCCUUAAGACCAAACUGCAAUCUCGAUCCAUUUCCUUGUCUAAAUUCGUUUUUAUUCUUUUCGUUUUAUCUUUUAUUGAGUCACUUAUAAUUCUUCAAUGAUUAUCAAAGGGCAGUUUUUGAAUAAAAGUGUUCUAAAGACCAAACAGAAAUAGUUGGAAAUUUAAGAGGGAUUAUUAUAAGUCAUACUUUGAUUUUAAAAAAAAAUUAAUGUAUUGUAGAAUGUUCGUGUUAGCAAUGAUUAAUUGUAGCAUACAGGUGUACAUUAAUUUCCCCUUUGAAUCCGGGAGAUGGUAAUUUAAAAAUACAUAAAUAUAACGUAUUUUGCGUCACAUCUAAAAAUUAAUUUUGGCGAUUUGCGCCAGUACAGGAAACGAAUAGAAUAUGUAAUCUGCACCACAGAUUAACUGGGAUUUCAACUUAAAUUGUUGGAAUUUACCAGAUGAUAAUAAUUUACUGAUAUUGCAUCCAUAUUAUAUAUUGUUGUAUUCUACUAAUAAUAAAUAGAGACGAAAUCGAUUACGUCUAAUCUAAUACAAAUUAUACAUAAAGUAUGUAUACUUAUAUACAUUUAAUUAUAAUGAUAAUAUUACUGACUUUUCUUAUGUUUUAUUACUAACCGAAAUUGUAUUAGCUAUUUAAUAUACAUAAAGUACUAACUAUUAAAAUGAACUUGAUUGAUUAAUGAUUAAAAAUACAAUAUGUUAAUCUGGUUAAAAAAAAUUGUUUAGUUAUCUUAAAGUGGCGCGAAUUACAAUCUUAAGAAGGUGAACAAUGGCGCAAAUUUCAAUUUGUGUGGGUACAAGAUGGUGCAGAUUACAUAAAGUCCUUUCAUUUAAUUUUAUGUGGCACAAAUCGCAACCUUAAAAAAUGAUGCGAAUUACUAAAAUUAAUUUUUAAAUAUGUCACAAAUUACAUACAUAUAUUUUUUUGGGGGUUAUUUUUCACACAAAUUAGUUAAGCUUGUUUGGUAAUUUAAAAUUUCCCUACCCUUGGAGUAAUUUUGUCAAAAACUAAAAACAGGGUCUUCUAUUUUUUUUUUUUUUUUUGGGAACAAGGGGUGGGUUGCCGCCCACUGCAUAUACAUAUUUUUUAAUUUAAUAACAUAUAAUAACAACAAAUAAUUUUAAAAAAAAUCUUGUAAUUUCAGUUCUAUUUUAAUAGCCCAAGAAAAAAAAAACAAUUAUAAUUAAUACCUAUGAAAAUAAAAUACACAACAAAUUUUAGUAUAUUUUACAGCAUUGUACAUUUAAUUUGUAUAAUACAUACGAGACACGUUAAGAGAUGACUCAUUAUUUUUACUAUUUGCUAUUUAAUAAACAUAUUAUACAGUAUUUUAAUUACUAGAAAAUAACUGUCCUAAAGAAAACAAACAUUUAUAAGUUUACAGACAAAAUAUUAUAAUAAAUACUGUAUAGCGGGUGUAAAUAAAUCACAAGCUUGAGAAAUAGUAAAAGUGUAUGGUUUUAAUAUUUUAAUAUUCUUGAAUUUGUUUCUAAAACAAAAAUGUUUGUUUUAAAAUAAAUACUGCAAGAAGAAAACAUAAUAUUUUUAACACAAACAAACCUAUCCUUAAAUUUCAGAACUACAUAAUAAGAAACAUUAUUUUUACAGGUAUCACAACAAAAAAUACAUGGUUUACUUGGAAAUGCUAAAGAAUCAGCAAAUGUACAGGGAAAUAAUGUCGAAAAAUUCAUGAGAACAAAGUAUAUUUUCUUCAGUAAAGUACAAUGUAUAUUAAAAUAAUAAAUUUUUGUAUAUAAAUCAUACAUUAGUUUCAAAAAUGUUUGAACAAAUAAAAUAAAACAAAAUUAUUGUUAUAAUAAAACCUCGAAUAAAAUACAAGAUAAAUAAAUAUUUGUACUGUGGUUUUAUAAUUUACAUCUACCAAUAUUAUAGUCAUGAAUCAUGAAUAAGAGGUAUUUUACAUACUGUUAAUGUUAUUUUACAUCAUACAUUAUGUUAACUUAAUAAACUUAAAAAAAAAAAUAGUUAAUAAUCUAAAAAAAGUUAUAACACUAUUAACUCCUUGUAAAUUAACAUUUAUAAUUCUUUGUAGGUUUUUUCGCCAGUCUCUUGGAACGUCUAACUGUGGAAUCUACAUGUUCAACAAUUGCAGAUUUUACAGUUGCAGAAAUCUUUUCCUUGGACUUUGUUUUCUCAAUGUUUGUAUGAUUAUUAAUCUUAUUUGUCGUAUCACUAGUAUUUUUCUGAGUUUUGACAGCCAGGUCUUUUUGGUUUAAUUUAGAUACUUUUACUGUAUACGGAGUGACAACUCUAUUCUGGACACUUUUCUUAUGGCUUACAUUAUGGUCUACAAUUUAAUUGGAAAAUAAUUUUUCAGACAUUAUUAUUAUAAUAUUAUUUGUACAACUUACCAUUGUUUGAGUUUUUUGGUGUGAUAAAUCCAUUAUUGGAUGUAUUUUCAGGAGUUUUAAAAUGUAUAUUUUUACGCUUUAAGGGUUUUUGUAUUAUAGGAUCUUUAAGUGCAGGUUUUAAUGGGGAGGCUUGCUGAUCACCAAGAACUAAUGGUGUCAUUCCCGACCUACGAGCAACAUAUGAUAAUUCCAUGGUCUUCAAUAGCAUAGGAGUAAAACGAACAGGUUUUUUAUUUGAAGAAGUUGGUGUACUAGAAAUAACUAA